AUGGCAGCAGCUUACAAGGUGCUUGUUACAAAGGUCACCUGUUACAAUAGCGUGGUACUGGACACAAGGAUACAAAAUGUAGUUCAUUAUUGUCCUGGUCAAUGUCAGAUUUACAGACAUGGAGUCCACUGCAUGGUUGCACAUCACAGUGUGUGCUCAGAGCUCCUCAAAGCUCCAGAGGGAUCCACUCUCAGCAGUGGAGAUGUUAAUCAUAAAAUAGCAGUCGGGGAGAGUUUGGUUGUUAGCGAGGAUGACACUCAUCUCAACCAAAAGGCCAAAAAGGCCACUGCUGUCCAAAGUACCAGCAGCCUUAAAGAUAUCACCGGUGAAGCCAUAAAUCUUGCUAGUGGAAAAAUAAAGGAAUUCUCUUUUGAAAAGCUAAAGAAUGCAUCAAACCAACAUGUCAACCUCAGGAAAGGUCGUAAAGUCCGCCCAGAUUCUUUUAGCAGGAAAUCGACUGACUAUGACUUUAUCUAUGGUCAUUUUGGUAACAAUGAAAAUUGUCCCCCCUUUUGCUUGCUACCAGCUCAAGGCUCAGAUGAAAAGGCAAUAAUCUCCAAUAGUGUGUCUUUAGAGCAGAACAUCAAUAACAUGGCCUCUUUGUAUCUCCAAGGGUUGUCAGAGGAGAAUCUCAUUAGUCAGAUCCUGAAGAAGCACAAACUAGACGGCACAGGUUCUGGUGAAGACAUCAAAAUGUGUCUGGAUAUUUUGCUUAAGUGCUCAGAGGACCUGAAGAAGUGCACUAAUAUAAUUAAACAGUGCAUUAGGAACAGAUCAGUAGGAGGGAAUAGUGUGGGUGAGGGCAAGGGGGCAGAUCAUUUUCCAAAUCCAGAGAUUAUUUACAUGAAUGUAAUGGCGAGGUUGUCAUCCUACCUAAAAAAGCUGCCCUUUGAAGUGGAACACGGACCUCUUGGCAGGACUGAGCCUAGUGAUUUGGCGGAACUUGUAAGCAGCCUACAUAGUUUGCAACAACAGCCCUUUUCUCCAAUAUAUGGACUUGAACAGCCACCUAAAUAUGAAGAUGUUGUUCAUACUCCACCUUCAUUGAAAACCAUUACUCCUGCCACUACUGAUCACCGGGAUGUAACACCACAAAAUGUAAAUAAUAGUGAUACUGUGCCAUCUGUUGCACCUCCUCUACCAGCCAAAACAUGGCAAAGAGGCAACAAACAAACACAAUGUAGUUCUACAAGAAAACAUUCUGCAACUACUCAUCAAUCUGUGGCCCUUUCAAACUUACCUUCAAAUAAGACUGGUGAGAAAAUGUCUAGGAAUUCCAUGGAAAAACUUUUCAUUGAGGAGGAUUCAGAUUUGGAAAAAUCAAUUAAUCAUGAACACAAAAACACAAGUUCACGAUUGCCUGAGCAUAACCAAUGGACAGCUGGAAGGCCAUCCCAUUAUAAUUCCACUGACCAUCCGUUCAGUGUUGAUGCAUCUUUAAAAUCUGCUAAUAGUUCGUCGUCCUUCACCUCCAGUACAAGAGAUGCUAGUGAAGCUACGACUCAGUACAAUAUGCAUGCAACAGCGCCAACCAAAGUGGUCAGGAACAAUGACCAUGAAGAAAUUGACAAGCUGCUCUUAGAUUUGGAGCGAUUUUCUCAAAAAAUAGAGAACACUUUGAAGAAUCCUCCAUUGUCUUCAUCAGUUACAUCAAAGAAAUUUGGCCUCCCUGAUUUUAAGGAGGGACACAUGGCCAAUUCACCUACAGCUACUAACGAAAUAAGCAAAGCAAAUUUAAAGGACGAUGACGAUGGCAAUCUUUUGCUUCGAAUACUGGGGAGUAUUGAAGACUUUGCUCAAGAACUUGUGGACUGGCGGUCAGGGAGAGGAACUCUUUCCAAACAGAAGGAAGUUAUGCAAAUCCUUCAGGAAACUUUGGUUCCCUCAUCUCCUGUGUCCUCACCUAACAUCCAGCACCUGAGUCAGCUCAAGGAUUCUGAACCAGCAUUGUUAAUUCAGCAGUCACCAGAGGUUAUCAAGGUAAGAAUGAAAUGAGCCAUGCUGUAAUGAUUCAAUUACUUAAUUUAUAAGCAGUCAUCAGAGACUAGCAACAGACGUUUUAAUGAUAUCCAAAUUGGGAUACAACUGAACAAACCCUGAACAUUGGUUGUAAUAGGUUGUUGUAAAUUAAUGUGUCUUGGUUGGAUUUCUUUUUAUGCAGACAUAUGCCGAAGGCUGCUAUAUUCUAAAGAGAUAACUCUUUAGAACUAAGCUUGUAGCACAGUCAGAUGUAAUACAUACAAAAAUAUAUAAUACAAAUUAAGGAACAGCACACAGAUAAAAAUACAUUUCUACAUUUUACAAGCCUACUUAAGAUCACCUAUCUCAGGAAACAAAUAUGGAGAUUCAUUUCCACCAAAUGGUCAUACUAUGUAAAAAAAAAUAUAUAUCGACAUGGAAAGCAAAAAUGUAAGUGAAUGAUAUUUGAAAUAUGAUAGCUGUUAGACAUGUUUUAUUUGCAUAGUUUUAUGCUUUUAGAAGGUUAUAUAGAGCAACAUUCUGCUUGAAAAAUAUGCGGUGGGUUAAUAACUGGUAGAGGGUUAAUAACUAAGAUAGAACUGUUCACUGCUAACCUAUUCCCAUGGUGUUGUGAGGUGACUGGGAAAAAUUUAAAGGUGGGAAAUGCUCAAACUGCUGGCUAAGAUCCAUCUUGAUGCAUGUAUACCCAUAAUGGUAGCAUGCCCACAAUAGAACCACCAGUGGUUACAAGCCUCUUGAUCACUGGUAGCUCUUAUUAGACCUAGAUAAAGGUGAAAAAAUUAUUGGCACUUUUUCUGUUUUAUGCAUUAAAUAAAAACUGUAAUUUUUUUACUAUUUAAAUUAAAAUAUUGAAUGUAUCAUGUAUGUAGAUAUUUGUAGCAUAUACCAUCUUUCCCUGAAAAUAAGACCUGGUCUUCUAUUAAUUCCCCUCCCCCCUGAAAAACUCACUGUUAUUUUUGGGGAUGGCUUAUUUCGGGAGAAAACGGUAGCAAACGUGCUAGAAAGCAGGUCUACGGGGGAAUUCCUUUGAACAUAGACCAGUUUACUAGGGCAUGGAAUCCUGCAAAUCUAUGUUCAGGGAAACAUCCCGAACAUAAAUUAGCUUACUGUUGUGGCUGUGACUUAAAGAUGAAUAUUAUUUUUUUAAUCAAUAUAUAAUAAUAAAGCAAUAGGUAACAACAUUAAUAUUUUUUAUAGUUUGUGGUAUUAUGGUCGAAUAUGUGGAUUUUAAAAAAAACAACACAAAACAUUGUAAUAUUAAAUGUAUAUUUAAUAUGAUUAUAAUAACAAUAAUAACAACAGAUGCUAGCAGAAUGUCAAUGGACUACAAUAAUCAUACAAUGCAAUACUACAACAUAUUACUUACAAAAGGCUAGAACAGUUGCUAAAUGUUACAAUGAAAUCACAUGGUACAAUACAAAACAUGAAUAAACCUACACAGGCCCCAGCCUCUAGGGCUGCGGUUAAACAGUCAGCUGAUGGUAGUCUACAUUCUAGAAAAGGCAAAGAGACCGAAUUUCUCCUACAUUUGGUUUUUAUUCAGUAUAUUCCUAAAUAGGCCGGCCUGUGAUGUCACUGCCAGAAGCAUAUGGCUUAAGGAAUCCUACACACUGCCCCUAGUGGUACCUCUAAAACAAUAACCUCACUUUUCUUUAUUUUAUGACAUAAAUCAUUAUAUUAAUACCAUUACACUUGCUCGCAAAUGGAAUCCUGCAAAUCUUUGGGGAAAAUUCCCAGAGCAUAGGUUAACGAACUUGCGACUAAGCUUUAUUUUCGGGGUAGAGCUUAUAUUACGACCAUCCCCCCAACAUAAGCUAGGGCUUAUUUUAAAGGGAUGUCUUAUUUUCAGGGAAACAGUUAUCACCUCACUUCAUUGCAGAUUCUGCCUUACUCUUGCUUUGUGACUGUGACCAUUUUUAAGUCGUCUCUCUUCAGAAGCACCAUUUACCUCACAAGACCAUACAUAAUUCGAAUGGCUGACACCAAUGUAGAGUGCUUUUUUGAGAUGCUUGCCGCUUGCGCGUUACCACAGGUUUUGUGAAUGUGUUGGAAGUGAUUGCAUCCUAAACCUGUGGAAUUACCAGAUGGUAGCUUUAGAAGUGUUACUACCAGUUUUUUAAUGCACCCACUAAAUUCAACUGUUUUACUUUAAAACACCCUUCUUAGACGAACAAAGAGCGUAUAUUAGUAUGAAACAAAUGUUAACACGGACACAUCAACUAGUUUCAGUAGAUGCUUCAUGUGUUGUGAAUCCAGGUAUGGAAAUAAUUAGCUAUUUUACAAACCACUCGUGGGAGCUCAUUUAAUCAAUGUUCAUAAUUUCUGGAGGAAAGGCUGAAAUGCCUUUAUUUAAUAACUUAUAUUAAUCUUAUUAUAAGGUGAAGAAAGACUUGUGAUCAUAUCUAUGCCAGUAACCAGCUCAGGGUAUGUCUCUGGGGAGGGGGUUUUCGUGGAAAAAUCGUUAUCUGGAAGUAAUUUAAUGUAGGUAAUGUUAUAUAUGAAAACAUUUCACACACUGAUGUGAUAUGAUCUUGUACUAUAUGUUUUUAAUUAAGUAUUUUUAUUUGUUUCCUUUUAUUUAAAAAAAACACACAAUAAAAUAAAUAAAAUGCUCCUUAGUUACCGGUAUGUAAAAACAUUUAUUCCCCAUCUGUGAUUUAUUUAAGGUUUAUGUUAAUAGUGUUUUCUUAAUGCUGUUAAUACACAUACACAGAAGUAUACGAUAUGUAUGUGAUUGUGUCAGAAUAGUGAUAAGCGCAGGACACUUGAAUGCAAACAGCUAUUAACAUCUGUAUUUUACAUUCUAAGAAAUUAUAUUUCUCGGAAGCACUUUAGUGGCCACUAGAACUACUUUUCCUGCAAUAAAACCAUGGCAAUGACCGUUUGAUCUUUGCUAGAACAAUUAAUUUUUUCAAGUUUUAAUCUUUUAGCCUCGCUGUAGGGGAGCUGUUAAUAAAGCUGGCAUUUUAAAUGCACAAACUAUUAAAAUGGGUCUCCUUUAACCUAGUCUGUGCAGCUUUGUGGAGAAGCUUUGAGCAGAAUACACCUCCUUGUGGAUAGCAUAACAGCUGACCUGCUGCAAAACAAAUGCUGUUUCAGUGAUUGUCUGUGAUAGACUUAAGUAUAAUCAGCUGGGCUCCUUGGCAUCUUACAAGCAUCUUCCGGCCACACUCCGUUUUGUCAUGUUUUGUUAGGUGCUAAUGGUUGUUGUGAUUAUACUGUAAGGUAACAUGACUGGCACUUUUUCUUUUAUUUAUUUAUAGACGCAGACACACUCACUCCAACAUUCUGUAAACAGUUUACCACUAAAAUAGAUGCACUUUUAUAUUCCGAUGAAGGUUUGCCCAUCUGCGGAAUCUUAAUAAAAGUCAACUAAGUUUUAUUCUAUGAGUGCCUACAGAGUUUAGUUAAAUUCUCUGAUUUUGGCGUAUGUGAGGGCUUUCUUUUACACACUUAAUAUACAACACUAAGGCACCGUGUGAGGUUGUUGUAAGUUAUAGUUUGUAUUUCUAUAUCCGUAUAUACAUACACACACUCUGGGGAUUACAGGUUUCUGACCAGGUUACAUAGAGCAUGCAGACUAAGGAAGGAGCGUGCUCAAUGGUGCAUAUUAUUCCUUUUUAAAUGUGGGCAUUAGUGCAGCUUUUAUAACCGAUUUUAAUGGUAAACUGAGCAAAAGAUACUUUCAAUAGUCUUCUGUGCUUAAACAAUAAGACAGUGAGAGAAGAACUUACAGGAUUGCCAUUUCCAUGUAAGGAAAAGUUUUGCGGGACCACCUGAUGUUUGGAAGUCUCAGCCUGGCUUACUUCUGUCCCAGGGGAACUAAUUGGUUCAAAUUUUUCUAGCUGGCUGUCAUAUUCAUACUCUCAUUUAUGCUCAUUGUCUGCGCUUAGACCCGUAGCUUGAGACAGUUGUGGUCUAUAAAUUAAACACUGUCUGCUUGUGGCGGUUUAAAAAGUAGUGAAAAAACAUAAGGAAAAGAAACCAGAGUAUGACUAAGUACCCCUCAAUUUUUUCAAAUGACUUCAAUCAUCUUAAAAUAACAUCUUGCUAAGUUAUGCUACAGACCGAGAUCUAAAGUAAUGAAAAACAAUUCAUGACGCUGGCUGUGUCACGAGUCAUUAUAAUUAUCCUGUAGCACAGAACUCAUUCAAUAUAUCCUUAGGUGAAAUAAGUGUGUUUUUCGGAUCCCGCCAAUGUAGUUAUUGAACAGGAAUUAUGCUGCAGACCAGAGCCAUGAGGGAAACUAUGUAAUUAUGGAAUAUUAAUUUUAUGGAACUGCCCUGCAUCUGUCAUACACUGUUACCAAGGAUCAUUGCCUGCGGAGCCUGCAGGAUGGAUGUAACCCUUCCAGGCUGUUUUUGCAGUCCCCAACUCUAUCAUUGAAUGAUUGACUUGCUCCUGUGUGUGCUUUGGAAUGCUAGAUGGAUGGACUGACAGAUGGAUAGAAAGAUAGAUCGAUAGGCGAAUGUGGGGUUGGAUCGAUGGGUGGAUGGUUAGACAUCAGACUAGAAACUAGCACUUUUCUUACCCUGUUACACCUCCAUGGCCUCACAGCGUUCAUGCUAGUUGAGCUCAGUGGAACUAAUAAUUCAGGGUUAUUUACUAAAGUGUGAAUUCAAAGUGAAUUUCAAAUUUAAAGGGAAAUACAUCACUUGACAAUGAUUUUUUAUUUAUUUUUUUUAAACCUGCAAACAAACACUUUAAAACAAAUAUACAAACCAAAAUAAGGCAUAAGUAUAUAAUAUUUAUGCACUUACUAUGAACAUGGCCAGAUUGCAUUAUUUGGCAUGUCUCUCAAAUAGGGGAGUUUCUUCAGCGCACCCCAUUCCGUCACCCUCUCCAUUUAACCACCCAUCUCAAUUUCAAACCAGUCCACUAAUAAGAGAAACAGUGUGUCAUUGUUCAGCAACAUGACAGAGAAACACUGGAGCCUGCUCUGCAUGAAUCAGGCUGAUCAGACUCCCCAUCUUCUACCCCUGUAAAGAUGUUGCAAGGUGAAUAGAUCUUUCAACUGCACACUGUAAAUGUGUCAGGAAUGCCCAGUUAACUUUUUCAGCAUUCCUAGGGAUUAGACACUGAUUGGUUAGAUCAGUGUCUCCACUGCACUGGGCGUGGAAAGCAUAAGAAAGAAGUAGCAACAAAUCACAUUUACCUGUUUAUUUCAGACUGCAGAGUGAGGCAACAAUCUCAUUCAAAGCUUUUGAAUGAGACAGUUGUCUCAUAGUGGUGCAUGUCCGUUUAAGGCUAGAGCAGUCAAACAGAAAGCAUAGGUGACUUAAAGUUUUUUCUAGUUUGGCUAUUUUGACCGUAAAUCUGAAAUUCACUUUGAUUUCUCACUUUAGUAAAAAUCUGAUCAAUAAUGAGCUGUAGAAAAUGUUUCUCAAUGAGAAGCCUCUGAUUGGGCUUGCAGUAGCUGCAGGAAGUAGAUCUACAUAUAUAAACACAUCUCUCUCUACAUAUAUACUUGAUACAACCCUUAUACAACACUUUAUGCAACAAUUGAGUUAUUUUUGUUUAUAAAAUAGUUUAACAUUGAUGGUUUGGUGCUUAGUGUCCCUUCAAUUGUUUCUUAGCUGGUUCUCCGGCUAUUAGACCACAACCCCCCCUAAUGGCUGGCAGUAUAGAUUCAGUGUAUACCAUGUGUAUAUCAAUAACCAGAUUAAGUAUUUAAUUAUCUGUGGCUUUAUCAGCACUGCAAAUCUACAUAUGUUUACUCCAUUAAGAAGUUUCUAGGUCACCUGAUUUAUUGCAUACUGGCUAGGUAGCAGGACGUUUUGUGGGUUUUCUUUCUGUUGGGAAUUUGCUAACAGGAUAAUUUAAAUUUCCAAAUUACAUGCUUCAGUGCAUAUUUGGGCAAAAGUACACGUCUGUACUGCGUGGAUCUAAAAUGUAAUAACUUGCUUGGACUUUAUAGGAACAUUUUGUUUUUAAUGUUUUUACUUCAUUGGCAUGAAGUAUUUGGGGCAGUGGUAUAAGUCUUAGUUAACAGUAAACCACAGCGGUAUUAUCAUGUAUUACAUUUUUUUUUAAUAUAAAAAAAAAUCCCUUCCCCUACACUGGGCAUGAUGGUUUGGGGACCAGAAAAAGAUUUUCAGAUUUUACUGGCUUACUCGUCAGGGGAACUUCACAUUAAAAUAAUCAAAGGGACACAGUAGUCAACAAAAAUACUUUAGAUUAAAGGACCACUGUAGUGCCAGGAAAACACUCAUUUUCCUGGCACUAUAGUGCCCUGAGGGUGCCCCCACCCUCAGGGUCCCCCUCCCGCCGGGCUGGCUGGAGAGGAAGGGGUUAAACUCACCUCUUUCUCCAGCGCCGGGCAGGGGAGCUCUCCUCCUCCUCCUCGGCUGAAUGCGCAUGCGAGGCAAGAGCUGCGCGCGCAUUCAGCCAGUACAUAGGAAAGCAUUCACAAUGCUUUCCUAUGGACGCUGGCGUCUUCUCACUGUGAUUUUCACAGUGAGAAGCGCGGAAGCCCUCUAGCGGCUGUCAAUGAGACAGCCACUGGAAGCUGGAUUAACCCUAACAUAAACAUAGCAGUUUCUCUGAAACUGCUAUGUUUAUAGAAAAAAGGGUUAAUCCUAGCUGGACGUGGCACCCGGACCACCUCAUUAAGCUGAAGUGGUCUGGGCGCCUAUAGUGGUCCUUUAAUGGGGCACAUAUGAUGUAUUGAUCAUACCCAUGCAGUCUCCUUGUGCAGUUCUCUGCCAUUUAGGAGUUAAAUCACUUUGUUUAUACAGCCCUAAUCACACCUCCCUGCAUGUGACUUAUUACAAAGUCUUUCUAAACACUUCCUGCAAAGAGCCAUCUAAUGUUACACUUUCUGUAUUGAAAUGACUGUUUAAUUUAGAAUGUCUUAUCUCCUGCUCUGUUAAUAGCUUGCUAGAUCCUUCAGGAGCGCCCUGUAUGUAAUUAAAGUUCAAUUUACAGAGCAGGAGAUAUACACUUGUAAAGUAAGUAAACAUGUAAUUAAAAAUGAAACAAUUUUGUGUUCAUGCAGAAUGUGUCAGUCACAGCCAGGGGAGGUGUGGCUAAGGCUGCACAAACAGAAACAAAAGUGAUUUUAAUCCUAAAUGGCAUAUAAUUGAGCAGUGAGACUUCAAAUGUAUGAUCUAUAUACACAAAAACUGCUUCAUUAAGCUAAAGUUGCUUUGGUGACUAUAGUGUCCCGUUAAUGUUGAAGCUACACGGACACUCCUACUCUGAACUUUACUACUGGGAACAAGCUGCCUGAAAGCAAAUUGGGGGUUAUGCAUUAAGAGUAAUUCAGGACAAUAUAAUCAUCAAAACAACUACAGGCUUAUUGUUUUUUUAUUUCCUUCCCUCAGAGAAAAGGCAUUGUUUAUAUUGCUCCCUAGGGACACUUACAGUGGCAGUCACUCAGACAACUACUAGAGGUGCGUACUGGUGCAGCACUGAUGUUUAGCAUCUCCACAUUCUGCAUGAAAUUAGAGUAUUUUAAGGAAGAAGAGCCACUAGUGGCUGUUAAAAGGUAUGUUCUUAGCAAAAUGUAAACAUAGCUGGUUCUCUGAAAUGGUAAAUAUUUUAUACUUCCAGACAAAAGAGGCAGAAUACAUGCACCAAACCCACCACAUUAAAAUAAAAUGUAGUGAUAGUGACUGAAUUCUAUAAACAGUAAUUGUUGGUACAAUGUAAUCUGAUGGGGGACGCUGCACAGUUCAUGAAAAAUCAUUACAUUUGCAUGUUACAGCUUACAUUGAGGAGCUUACAAAUAUAUUUGCAUAAGGACAGCGGUAACAUUACACUCCUGGACAUCAGAGCUAUGGUCAGUAAGGAAAGGGUUACAUGUGUUUACAUACAACUCGUAGACAUGGAGUCGCCUGCUUGAAAUAAUAUCUAGGGGUAUGCUGAUCAUGGAGUGACUCCAGAGAACUUGAUCUUACAUUCUGGCUGUCACCCAGCUAUAUUGACACUGCCAGUUCCCUACUUCUCAUUUGGUCCACCAUACUUAGCUGGUUAAACUGUCUAUAAUACAGAAUUGGUUUCUGCAGUCCGAUUGAAUGCUCAUCAUUUACAGAUUGUCACAGAGCAGUGAAUGCUUUUAGGAUGCACUUUGUUUAAAGGGUUUCUCCAACCCUUUUUCAUUUAUGAUAGAAUAAUGUCCUACUGGCAUUAUUCUAUCAGUCCCCCUGAGAAAAACGCUCAGAGUGUUUUUAAAAUAAGUUUACUCACCUUAAUCCAGCUCCGGGUAACGCUUCCUGGCCUUCCUCAGAGUACCUCGUCAGAUGUAAAUGGUCCUGUAGCAAGGUCUAAUCAAAGGCUUCUCAAAGACCAUUUUACCGGCUGGGGACCAUGCUCCAGCCCUUUCCCACCUUCCUAGUGAAGGGAGGGGGAGGAAGCAAAAGAAAGGAGGAGGAAAGAGGGCGGUGAUUAAAAGAAAUUGUGGAUGGGAUUGGGAGGAGGUAGGGCUAUAUAUAUAUAUACACACUAUUAUUAUUAUUUAUAAAGCACAACAUUUGAUAGAUACAUUAACUUUGCAAUGUCAGAGUUUCUUGCCAUGUCUGUGACCGUGUGAGAUAUCUAGAUUCUUAUAUCAUAAUUUGGGUUCCAUGUAAUUGUUGAGUAGAUUCAUUCAAAUAUCACAACAACAGCAAGCUAAUUUAAGAAUUAACAGGUUGUAUAUGUAGCCAGUAGUCUGACAAAUAUUUUGGGAAGAGAAGGUUAAAGAGACACUCCACUUCCAAAUACAAAUAGCUAAAUAUAUAAAAAUCACUGUUUAGCAGAUAUAUCCUCAAUGAAAACAUGCAUGCAUUUAAUUAUGCAUUUAUUCUUGUUCUAUCUAAAACAGCUUGCAGAAGAUGCAUAUCUCUUGUCUGCAGCCUUUGCAAGCACUCCAUUUCUAACUGUGCCCAGACUUUCUCUGGCUGUCCAAUUACAGACUUUUUAAAGGACCACUAUAGUGCCAGGAAAACAAACUUGUUUUCCUGGCACUAUAGUGCUCAGGGUCCCACUCCCGCCUGCGGCUGUAAGUGGGGAAAGGGGGUUAAACACUUACUCUCCUCCUCCUUCGGUCGUCAUCGGCUAAAUGCGCAUGCGCGGCAAGAACCGCGCGCGCAUUCAGCCCGUCCAUAGGAAAGCAUUCUCAAUGCUUUCCUAUGGACGCUGGCGUCUUCUCACUUUGUUUUCAGUGAGAAGCGCCCCUAGCGGCUGUCAAUGAGACAGCCACUAGAGGCUGGAUUAACCCAUAUGUAAACAUAGCAGUUUCUCUGAAACUGCUAUGUUUACAGCAGGCAGGUUUAAUCCUAGAUGGACCUGGCACCCAGACCACUUCAUUGAGCUGAAGUGGUCUGGGUGCCUACAGUGGUCAUUUAAUGCAGCUCAAUGAGAAGUCUUUACAAGGCUAGGCAAUUACCCGCUUCUUGAUUUUUAUCUCCACUGGGCUAACCAAACCAGGAAUUAAUAGGAUCAGUUGCCUGAUCGAGCGUCAGGGGGGUGUAACCAGGCUAAUUUUUAAAAGUGUAAAUUUCUAUCGAAAUUUUAUGCAAUUUUCUCUGUAUGUGCAUUGUUUCACAUCCAGUGCACAUACAGACUCCUACUACCAUGACCACUUUAAAUCACUGAAGUGUUCGUGGUGGUUGGAAUAACCCUUUAACUUCAUCAUCCCCUACUUUAAACUUCAUAAACAUCUGCAGUCAUACAGCAAUUGGGGUUUCCAGAGUUUUGAUAUCUGCAGACUUAGGCCAGAGCAUCUUUGUGAUGUGUGGGGUUCCAUAAACUGCUAUACAUAUGAAGUAAAAAUGAGAAUGGCUUGGAAGUGGUCUAUAGAUUAGCCUUGGGGGUCUGUAUAGCCAUAUUAAAAGGAAAUGGAGAUUUAUGAAAAUUUCUGCAAAUCGCUGUCCCUGAAAGAGAUCUGUGCAAUUGGCAAAGCACUGUUAAUUAGCUGAUAUAACUGUAAAGUUCCCCACAUGUGAAGGUGAAACCUGAUUGUUUUAUUAAACCCCUAAAUGGUAAGACUGCAUUCUAGUAAAAGGUGUCAUAGCAAUAAUGUGGUUACAAAGUGUAACAUACAUGUAAAUGGCUCAGCCAUGAGCAUUUAGAGACAAAGAUCCAUUUAUAAGUCAGGAAAAACAAUUACUGAGAAUACAUCAUAUAUUGGGUUUCACUACUGAAAAUCCUGUUUUAAUACACUUCUGAUGUUUAAAAAAAAAAACAACAAACUAGCUAUAGUGUGUUGAGGGAGAGAAAGAGAAAGCAUACUGUUGAAGUGUUAAUGGGUCUUGCUCUUCAAGUAUUAAAGGAACAUUCUGAAGUUAAAAAUAAAUAUCUGUAUUUUUAAUGUUAAAGUGUUCCUUUUCUAGUGUGAAUUACUGGGACCCAAGUAUAAAGAAAAAAAACAGGAAUUUAAUUGUAAUCUGGCAUCGAAAAAGUUUACUGUCUUCAGUCUGAUCCAUCACCAAUCACGAUGAUCACUGAUCCAAACAGAUGUUUCUCAUGCAGAAUCCUUGAGAACCUCAGGCACAUGUGAGGCCAUCACCUCUAUCCGCCAAUCCAAUGCUUCUCAUAGAGAAGCAUUAUUCAUAUUUGGUGUUAUAAAGCCAAAUGUGAAGACCUUCAAAAAUUAAUGGUCUAAGGAGGAAGCAUCUCUAGUGGCUCAGUAAAUCAAUACACACAACCUGCCUCUCAAAACAGAAGUAUGAAUUGGGCUAUGUAUAUACUGAGAGUAGCCAUGGCAUUGCUGAUAGUAAAUAAUGGAGGACUUCACAACACCAAAGUAAUAUUACCCAGAUAUAUUUAAGCCACCAACCUGUGGACCCUGCAAUGUUGUAACUUUUACUGUUCAGGGAUUCAGGAAACCCUCUGAGGCUGCAUCCAUAUCCUUUCAGCAGUGCAAAUAUUCCCUUAAUAGUUGUACGGCAUUGUUGAUGUGAUGACCAUGGGAUCCUUCAUAGAAAAACCCUACAUCCCAAAGCCAUUUGUGAAGGCUGCUGGGAUUGGACAAAGGUUGACACGGGAGUUCAUUCUUUAGUCAACUUCGGGCUUUAAUGUAAGACAAAGUAGUCUCUACUUUGAUAACUUUGGAUUGUGUUGGAACUUCAGUGAAAUUCCAACGCAGUCUUAAUCAGAUUGUAUCUUUAUGAAAUACUGAAAAUUGACACAUCCACUUUAAGGCUGAAUUGAGAGAACUUCGAAAACAUUCAGAAACAAAGAAACCUUUGAAAUAAAACCAUUUCAGUUCUAUAAAGUAAAUUCAGAAUUCAUUUUUAGCUUCCCUUAUAUCGCAUAUGCACUAAUGUGUCUAUAUAUGAUGACAUAAGUCUUUUUAUCUCUCUCCUACUUCUCUUAUUCUGGCUAUUUCCAGCCCCCUGAAUAAUUUUUAUGCUAACCAUCUUUUGCUAGACAGUCCCUCUCUGGUUCUAUCAUCCCACACAUAGACCAUUUGGCACCUGGGCGGAUCCUGUGUGUGCAGUAGUAAGAUUUCAUUUUAUUGCAAAUCAAUGAUGAGGAUUUUAUGGGACAGGGCAGCUGACUGACUGAGUUACCACACCUGAAACCCAGAGCCAGAAAUCUUAUAUUUACAGUGAGGAAUACACUAUGGGGCUUAUGUACUAAACAGUGACGGUCAAUUAAGUUAAAAAACAACAAAAACAAAUCUGAGACAUUUCAAACAAAAUAGCCAGUUUGUAAAUUUUAUGGGAUGUUUUUCACUACUUGAUGAACUGUGAUGAACUGAAAACCAUUUUGCUAAAUUUCUGUCAAAAUAAAUGGCUUUAUGAUUUUAAAAAUAAUGAAGUUCAUUGUUUUUGCAAGCAGGUUAAUCGAGGACACAUUUAGCUUUCUAUGUUUUCUUUCAGACUCCAUAAAUACUGUCUCUGACGCUUCAUAAAAUACUAUUUUCAAAUAAUUUUACGUAAGUUUAUACAAGCUUUGCACAUUCUUGUACUGCGUCCCUCGUUCUUGGCUCAUUACGCGGACAAACUUCAUACUUUCCUAACAUAAAAUGUUCUUCCCAGCUCUCAUUUGUAAUGGGUCUGGUAUGAAUGACCCCAUACGAUAAAGCUAUUAAGGAUUUGGUGUACUUUUAAAUAUUUCCGCUGUGUGCAGUCGAACUGGGGAGUCUGAAAUUUAUAGCAUUGUGACCAAAAUUAAGGCAUGAAAAUAAACCGGAUAUUUUAAGUAUUGAAAUCCUUGAAUAAUAGAGGUAUCAAAUUGCUAAAAGUUUUUUUUUUAGCUAUAAAUAGAGAAAAUAUCUGGCUAUAAACAGACAUACUGUAUAUGAAUAUCAUUCGGGGCAUGGAAAAUGAUUGCAACUGCUUAUUCUGCUUGGAAUUAAAUACUCUGUUACAGUUAGGAAUAUUUACUAAACUGCAUACCUUCCAAUAUUUCAAAUGAACAAAUAGGGACACUUUAAUCUAGGGGUGUGAGUGGAGCUGUUUUGAGAAAUGUUGAGGUGACUUACUAAUAACAAUGCAUUAUUGUGUGUGUGUGUGUGUGUGUGUGUGUGUGUGCGUGCGUUCGUGAUCCAUUGUGGAUUUCUAUGUCCAUUGUACAGCGCUACAGAAUCUGGUGGCGCUAUGUAAAUAAUAAAAUAAUAAUAAGGGAUACAUUGUGUGUGUGGUGUGAGAGAGAGACUUUGUAGGAUAGCAUCCGGUCUGAGUUUUGCAGGGGCUGAGGGGGGAACAGCUUUUUAUUUAUAUUAUAUUUAUUUUUUUAUAUUUUAUUUGUUUAUUUGUUUAUUCACCCCCACCCCUGUUUUUUUAUCCUGGGAGAGGGACAGCAUAUUCCCUUUUGGUCCAGUGGUGCUAUAGAGGCUCCCAGCCAUGUCUCUGCCAGCUGAAGGCACUGGUGGAUUCUCAGACUCUUAGCUCUGGUGUGGCCAGGUGGACACGAUUAGGCAUUCCUAUUUCCAAUCAAUUUGUAUUCUGUCUUCCAACCAUUUUGUAUUCUGUCUUCAAUGUGUUUUGCAGUCAUAUCUACAUUUAGGAGGGCCUCAUUGAGUUUCCAGGUCCCUCUUCCUCUUACUGAGUAUAUGGUUUGACAGGUUGUCAUAACUUUUGCAAUGUUAUUGGUGCCAUAUCAACUCAUUGCAGCGAUGCCAGAGCAGAGAAUCCUACUAUACGCUGGUCAAUUCUCUAUGGUGCACUGGUGAAUAGUAUGUGUGUUCUGUGAGGGUAUGGUAUAAAGAUCUCCACGUGUCGUACAGAUAACAUUACCGCCGCAGUUGUGAGAAUCCCUUGCUGAUUGUCUUAGCUUUUAGUAAAUUGAGUAUCUAAUGCCAGGUCUUCCACACAGUUAAAGUCACCACAUAUGAUUAGAGAGCCUAGUGCCACUUUCCAUAUGCAUUCAAUAUUUUCUGUAGGUAGUCUACUUGUUGCUUGUUUGGGUUGUAGAUAUUAGAUAAUCCAUAAGUCUGAAUGUGCCUACCAGUACUAGCUAUCGUCCAUCGGGGUCAGUAAGUUGUUUAAUUAGGAUGAUGACCCAGGCUUUAUGGAAUUUAAUAAAUAGACCUUUCAAUUUACUUGACGCGUAUGCCUGAUAUGUCGAUGGCCCUAAUGCCGAGCUAAACUUGGGUGCAUUUCUUGCACAGUAUUGUCACCUGUGUAUCCUUCAAUUCUUUUCAAAUAAUUUUUAUUGAAAGAUUUUGCAGAUUUUACAAGUAAUAAAAAAAUGAUAUAUUAGGGGAGGGGAAAGGAAGGGAAAACUUAAAAGGGGCUACCCAUCCAUUAUAACGGUAAGUAUGUUAAUGUACAAGGCACUUACGCUGAAAAACAUUCCAUAACAAGUUAUUAAAGGUUAUCUGUUUUUUUUACAUCGGUUUCCCAGUGGUAUUUCAAUUGUGCAAAUAGAUGUGUGUUAUUUCUAUGUGAUAAUUCGUAUGAUUUGUUUUCUAGUGUUAGUGUUAGUACUUCUUUAACUGAGGGUGUGUGUUUAGAUUUCCAAUAUCUAGGUAGGCAUGUGGUUGCAGCUAUCAGAAUGUGGCCUACUAUAAUUCUAUCAAUUUUACUGAUGGAUUCAGGGAUUUUUUUAAAUAGAGCUAGUUCAGAUGUGUAGCUACCUAUGUUACUGUUCAACUUAAUAAUUAAGUCAUGUAUCAUUUUCCAAUAUCUAGUCACUCUUGGGCAAAACUACCAUAUGUGGGCCAUGUUGCCCAGUCCUCCGCAGUCUCUCCAACACCUAUCGCUGUACUUAUUAUUCAUAUUAUGCCAUUUCGAAAGGGGCCAGACACCAUCGAUACAGAAUUUUAAAGUGGUUUUCGUGAUGGUUGGAGCAGAAAGAUAGGCCCUUUAGAGCUGAAAAAAAACUGAACCAAUCCUUAUAUUGGGAACCCAGCUCCGUCUCCCAGGAUAAGAUAUGCUUCCGUUUAAUUGAUGGUUUAUCGUUAUGUAACAUAUAACAGAUAGAUAUAAUGCCCUUCCUAUUCGGGUCAUGCAAAAAUAGCUUUUCUAGUUGUGAUAUUUCUAGUGCAUUAGAAUUUUUGUUGGUUUCUUUUAAUUUCUCACUCACAACUCACAUUCAUCCUUACAUUCGGUCGCCAGUCUAUGCUUAAAUUGUAAUCCUUCAUACGACAGAAUAGAGUUUCCAUGGAAAAAGUCGUCUAUAUGAUACAAUCGGUGUUCUUUAAAUAAUGAUGAGUUUAAGGUCGGGAUGUAGUAUUUUAAAGAUUCAAUUGGCAUGGCUCUAUAUAGUUUUGUCAAGUGACAGUUGUUUUUAAAUACUAUAUCCCAGGCUUUAAGUGUGGUCUUAGUGGUCAUAAACAUUUUAGUUACUCCAGGUCUCCUUACAGGGCUUAGCCAGGGUAAUUCCCCGAGUUGAAAGGGGAGAAUGCUAGAUUCCUCCAUCUCCAUCCAUCUCUGCCUAUUUUUUUGACUAUUAAAGCUUACAACCGCUGCAGCGUUAUUUGCAAAGUAGUACUUUCUGAAAUUAGGGACACCAAUGCCCCAUGAAGUUUUUGGUGCUGCAGGGAUGUAAGCUUAAUUCUGCUGGGUUUUUUGUUCCGAAUAAAUUUUAGCAUUAUUGAAUGUACUUUGCUAAAGAAGGACAUUGGAACAGAUAAGGGGAUAGUUCUAAAAUAGUACAAGAUUUUUGGAGGACGGACAUUAUUAUAGAGGCAAUUCUUCCUAGCCACGAUAACUCCAUACCACCCAUCUCUCCAUCUCCUUGUCUAGGUCCGGCCAUGCUCUCUUCAAAUUAUGAAUAUGCAUAUUGGGUAAAUGUUUGCAUAAGUUAAUUCCUAAAUAUUCCAGGUAAUCCCUCCUCCAAUCGAACGGAUAUGAUAGUCUUAAUUCAUCCAUAUCAGAUUUAUGCAAGUGGAAAGGUAGGGCCUGGGUCUUGGAUACAUUUAAUUUAUAAUAAGACACUUCUCCAAACUCGAGUAAAAUAGUAUUGAGAGAUUUCAGAGAGUCUUUUGGGUUUUUGAGUGCUAGAAUGACGUCAUCUGCAAAUAAUCCUAUUUUAUGAGUGGAUCCUUUGAUAUUAAUACCUGCGAUUUCUGGGGUCGUCCUAAUCAGUUCGGCCAGGGGUUCCAUCGCCAGGACAAAGAGAAUAGGAGAUAAGUGGCAGCCUUGACACGUCCCAUUAGUUAGAGAAAACGUUCUGGAUUGGAAACCCAAGGCCGAUACAUGAGCUGUGGGUGCACUGUAUAGUGCCUUUAUCGCAGUAAUAAAAGAUUGUGGAAUAUCAAAUCUGCUCAGUGUCUUCCAUAGAUAUCCCCCAAUGUUCCCUGUCGAAUGCCUUCUCUGCAUCCAAUGAAAGGAGCAGAGAAGGAGUUCUUGUUGAAUUGAUAUGCUGAAUUAAGUUAAUGAACCAUCUCGUUCCAUUAGGUGCUUGUCUACCUUUCACGAAUCCCACCUGGUCAUUAUUGAUCAAUAAAGGUAUUAGAUUAGUUAAUCGGUUCGCUAGUAUCUUAGAAUAAAUUUUUGUGUCGUUAUUAAUAAGGGAUAUGGGCCUAAAAUUAGAUCAUCUGUCGGGAGUUUUACCCGGUUUUGGCAAGGUGACAAUCUGUGUGGACAAAGACUCUCCUGGCAUGAGGAGAGUCCCCAUGAGAGCACAGCAUACAUGACCUUCCCUGGGAGGGUGGUACAGAGAACCGGUGUAAAAUAUUCCUCUACAUAUGGGCCUUAAGUGCUAUGCGACUGAGAUUCAUUGAAGGGCCUGUAUUAGCUCACAAAGCAGUACAGCUUACAGAAGUAAGUUUAGACCUUAAAUGAAUGAUCUUGUGAUAUUGUAUGGAUUAUUCCUGUUAAAGGUGUCCUUCCUAGGCCUAACCUAAGCAUACAAUCCUUUAUUCCUUUUGGCCCUGUAUUAAAUAUACCUACUUGGAUGGUAUCAUUAUUAGAAAGGACCUAAUUUCAGAUUGCAGCAGAGAAGUUAUACACGUAAACUUAGAGGAAAUAAAGCUUGUAUGAAAUCACAAACUCUAUAAUAAUGAACAAUGUAAAUGUAAGCAUACAAGAAUUUUCCCUCUGUAAAGGGUAAUUACCUUGGCCAGGUUACAAAUGUAAGUCCAAAACAGCUCCCUAUUCCAGAUUCCCAUCAGUCUAGAUCCCACCCAAGUGCAUCGAGCAGAUGUCUGGCUGUGACUCUUGUUCCAUAUUUCCAUGUUUAUUCAUCUGCUGGAUCUUAUCUACUACCUCAUGGUUGGCUCUACACAGGUCAUUGUUUUUUUGUUUCCAAUUGCACUGUUUGUUCUCCCAUCUCUGUAAUCGCACGGUGGAUGUCGAUUAUGAUUGCACAGAAAUCAUUUUGUAUCGUGGAGCCUAAGGCCUCUUUGCCCCAAGCCCUAAUGAUCAGAUGUAACUGGCUGACCAUGCAGAAAUAUAUAACCAUGCACAGCUGUAUCAACUGGUAUUGAUGUACAUACUGUAAGUAGACUGUUAUUGUGAUGUACAUACUGUAAGUGGGCAGGUAUUGUGAUGUACAUACUGUAAGAAGACCGAUAUUGUGAUGUACAUACUGUACGUGGGCAGGUAUUGUGAUGUACAUACUGUUAGUGGGCAGGUAUUGUCAACACAUGACUAUCACCAUUAUGUGAAUUUUCUCAGACCGUAGUACUUUGAGGUCAACACAUGAUGUUAGUUAGCAUUGGCAUCAUUUUUCCAGAGUGUACAUUUAAUACGUUAAAUACGUGACCACGCCACACUUAGACAGCCCAAAAACAUCACACAAAAACAAGCAAUAACUCACAUUCUUUUCUCUCUGUACCUCGGGUCAGUCCUAACCUGGCACACGUACUUCAUCCAAGCUCCAGUGAAAACACUGUUCGGUCACAAUGAUAGAAUUUCGAACAAUUUAAAAUAGUGUGUAAUUAUUAAACAUGUUUCAUAAUGCACAGUACAUGGUUUAUAAUUUACUUAAAACCAAAAAAUAAAAUUUCUCAAAGCGCCGUUUGCCGUUUGCACGUAUGACCACCCCCCAUUUUUUUAAACCUGGUUCUCUUGAUGAUUAAAUGGUAUUUAUUAAAAUAUUAAUUGUGAGGGAAUACACAAUAUUAAAAUCUUGUGGAAAGCCUCCCAAGACGUGUGGUGACUGCCUAUUCUGGUCAUAUGGUGUUGGUGUACUAAUUGAAUAAGAGGAAAUUUUAGCAAACAUUUUUUAUAGUCCUUGUCAUGAAGGGAUUUAAAGAAAGAUAAACACAAAAUAUCUGCAAGUGUAUGCAGUUUGUAAAGUGCCAUAUGAUGGUGCGUAGGCCAUUUCUAAAGAAAGAGAUAAUACUAGCUCCGGUCAAUAAACAGUUUUUGCUAUUGUUGGGGCCCAGCUAAUUAACUUAUAGAUUGCCAGCAGUUUUUAUAUUUUGAGUGACAGUUUCAAUGAGGUGGUAGGCUAAGUCAGGAAAUGACUGAAGUGGGAAACUACGCUGAAAUUACAGGCUGCCGAAGUGAUGAAUUUUCAAGAUCAAUUCUACAAGCAAUAAAUUCAAAUCUAGAAGGAAGACCAAAAUGAUUUAUUAGGAUAAAGGUGGUUUAUCUUCCACUCCUCGGAUAAUUUGUCCACCUUUCCUUCCUCUGUCCUUUUCGUAGCAUGAAUAUCCGUGGUUUUUUCUAUGGAAAUGUCAUUAUUUAUGUGUGUUCUUUUUAAAAGGGCAAGCGUAUUCUGCAGAGUUGCAGUAGAUAUUAUUUGUAUGUUGGAAAUGGUGGGACUUCCAUAUACACAAAUGAUGGAAUGUGAAAUUUAAAGUAUGGUCUUAACUACUACUUACCAGUAUCUGCCUCAGUAUUUAGAUACAUUCAUUUGAUUAGGUGUGUGUGUCUCUUUAAGACUUGGAUCAGUAAUAAGCACUUAUUGCUGGUUAAUACUUAUUGGUAAAAUAUGUGUAUCCUAGGCUUGUAAGCAAGCUUUGUUUCUUUGUGCACUUAGAAGAACUGCAAAUAAUUACUGAAAAUGAACAGUAGAGGGAGCCAGUAAUACUUGAAAUGAAUCAAUAUCUGAAUCCAUGUUCCUAGAGUGCCAUCCUGUGUUAGACCGUCAAGCAACCCAAAUAUUAAAAUCGAAUUGCUUUGAGGCCACACUAAUCCUUUUAUUCUUUUUAGAGAGUUUCUAAUUUUUCUGACAUAAAACCAGUGCAAGAGAGCUUUUAAAACACUGGUUACUCUAUAGAGAAUCCGUACAAAACAUGCCAGUUCACAGCAAUAGAAAAAUAUAUUUUUUUUUACAUAUUUCAUGUAGUAAAGUUACUUAAUCAUUCAUGCAAACAACCCUUUACACACCUAUCUAAUUCUAGUGUUUAUGCAUUUUACAGUAUAUUUACUCAUUCACAUGCUGAGUUGCCAAACAUAUCUAGUAUCAAUAUUUGGUAUUUGUUUUCUAAUUGUGUUUUCUUGUUAGCUCGUCUUUUGGAAGAUUUUGUAGCAAUUCUGUUGGGCAUCGUGAUUUGACCUUUACUGCACAAAUAUUUUUGGAAAAGUCGGGCCGCAUGGCCGUGCGCAAGUAAGUCCCGAUAUCCUGGGAACCAGUGCUCGGGUCCGCUCGGGAUUUCUUUGUUUUCUUCCCCAUGUCAUAGGGCACUCCUGGAGCUGUUUGGUACUCGACGGUGUGGGCUUUUUUUCCCCGAUAUCAGUCUUUUGUAGACGGAGCUGUGGCAAUGUGCGUCUUGCUUUCUCCGGUGCUGGCUCCGCCCCUGCACAAAUGUUUUUGAAUGGAUAAUGAGAAGGGGUGAAAAGUGUGGUAUCCCAAGCUGAUAGAAUGGCAUUUGGAAGUCAGACAAUUCUCUGUUUUAUUUUUUUAGCCACUUGAGGGUAAAGGAAGUAGAGUUUUUGCUCAAUAACCACUGCAAUAAACUGUAGUAGUUAUGGUACUUAGUGUAUCUUUAACCCCUUAAAGGAGCACUAUAGUGCCAGGAAAAUAAACUUGUUUUCCUGGCACUAUAGGGUUAUUAGGCUCCCUAAUAUAUAUUUAUUUUAUUUUAUUUUUUGAACGCAACAUUAAAGGACCUGUAUAGGCACCCAGACCACUUCAGCUUAAUGAAGUGGUCUGGGUGCCAGGUCCCCCUAGCUUUAACCCUGCAGCUGUAAACAUAGCAGUUUCAGACAAACUGCUAUGUUUACAUUGAGGGUUAAUCAAGCCUCUAGUGGCUGUCUCCCUGACAGCCACUAGAGGCGCUUCUGCGAUCCUCAAUGUGAAACUCGCAUUGAGGACACGCUGGACGUCCAUAGGAAAGCAUUGAGUAAUGCUUUCCUUUGGGCGGUUUGAAUGUGCGCGCGGCUCUGGCCGCUCAUGCGCAUUCGGAGCUGAGGUCGACAGGGGGAGGAAAGGUCACCAGUGCCGAGGGAGUCCGGCGCUGGAUUAAGGUAGGUGGUUGAAGGAGUUUUAAACCCUUUAGCCCAGCGGGAGUGGAGCCCUGAGGGAGGGGGUGACCUAAUAACCCUAUUGUGCCAGGAAAAUGAGUUUGUUUUCCUGGCACUAUAGUGCUCCUUUAUGUUUGAAUGAAAUGCUACAACUUGGGGAAAAUUCACAUUUUUGCUUAUAAUAAUUUUAUACACAUCUAGUACAAUUUAAUUAAAAUACCUCAAAAUAAAUGUGUGUAUCAGUAAUGAUAGCUAAAUACCGGCACUCACAUGCUAUAUCAACCCAGCCCCUAACCUUAUGCUUACACUAAUUCUAACUGUAUACCUUUUCUAACCUUACCCCUAACCAUGGGCGUCAGCAGGAAUCUUUCCAUGGUGGGGCAUAAUUGUAAUGACAUCCAUGCUUGGUCCCUUUGACAGUGUCAUGAAAGGAAAGGGGCAUAGUCAUUGUCACAUAAAGCCAGGGUAAAUAGCGUUUUCACAACUAUGGUGUCAGGAAUACAUGUUUGUAUUCCUGACACUAUAGUGUUCCUUUAAGCAAAUUAAAGGAACAUUCUGGUCACCAUAACAACUUAAAUGAAAAUCAUAUGAUGCCAGGAAGCCCCUGGGUGCUCUCUUUCCUUUAAGGGGUUAAACCGCUCUCAAAUGGUUUAACCCCAAAGGCUUCCUCCAGCUCCAGAUCUCCAGGUCGCUCAGUGGUAUUCGGCUUCUGAAACAAAGUGUCAGUAAGUGCAGAUUGACGUCAGGCAUGGGUGCCUCUGAUUGGCAAGAGUGGUCAGUUGACGCUCUAAGCCAAUCGCUAGUUCCCGGUUCAUACAUUUUUUUUUACUUUUUGGGGAGCUACUGAUUGGCUAGAGCGGUCAGCUGGCACUCUAAGCCAAUCAGCGACACCCCUACCCAACAGCACUCUGUGCUUCCUGACACUCAGUAAAUAAAAGUGAACACAUUAACACUGAUCUUUUUUUUUUACCUGUGGAGAUGAGAAGGUCCAAAGUUUCCCUGCCACGCCCAGGUACCAAAGCCUGAUGAUGUGGUGUCCAGAAUAAAGUGGAGGGUUCACUUCACUUGUCCUUCCUGCUCCAAUCUCCUUUUCUUCUCCUUCAUUUGACACAGUCUUCUUUUUCUUCUGACACUGUCUUCUCUCCUCCUUGGCUCCUUCUGCUCCUUUAACGUUUUGCUUAUUUUGCGCCCUUCUGCUCCUUUCUCUUUCUGAUCCCUUUCUGCUCCUUCUCCUACUUUACCUUUGUGCUCCUUCUGAUUCUUUCUGCUCAUUUACCUUUGUGCUCCUUCUGUCACUUUCUGCUCUUUGCAGACCCUUCCUUCUCCUUGCAGACCCUUCCUUCUCCUUGCAGACCCUUCCUGCCCCUUGCAGACUCUUCCUGCUCCUUGCAGACCCUUCCUGCUAAUAUCUGCUCCUUCUCCUACUUUACGUUUGUGCUCCUUUUGCCCCUUCCAGCUCAUUGCUGAUCCUUUCUGCUCCUUGAUGUCCCUUCCUGCUCAUUUAUGUUCCUUCUCCUACUUUACCUUUCUGCUCCUUCUGUCCCUUCCUGCUCCUUGCUUUACCUUCCAGCUCCUUGCUGACCCUGCCUGCUCCUUGCAGACGCUUCAUGCUCCUUGCUGCCCCUUCGUGCUCCUUGAUGUCCAUUCCUGCUCAUUUCUGUUCCUUCUCCUUUCUGCUCCUUCUCUUACUUUACCUUCCUGCUCCUUGCUGACCCUUCGUGUAGGCUGUCUCCCCCAUCCCUCACUUACCUGAUCUAUAGGCUGCCUCCCCCCCAUGCCUCACUUCCCUGAUCUAUAGGCUGCACCCCCAUGCCUCACUUCCAUGAUAUGUUGGCUGCCCCCCCAUGCCUCACUUCCCUGAUAUGUAGGCUGCCACCCCAUGCAUCACUUCCCUGUUAUGUAGGCUGCCCCCCCCAUGCAUCACUUCCCUGAUCAAUGGGCUGCCCCCCAUGCCUCACUUCCGUGAUCUACAGGCUGCCCCAUCCCUCACUUCCGUGAUCUAUAUGCUGCCCCAUGUCUCCUUCCGUGAUCUAGGGCUGCCCCCCAUGCCUCACUUCCUGAUCUAUAGGCUGCCCCCAAGCCUCACUUCCCUGAUCUAUAGGCUGCCCCCCAUGCCUCACUUACCUGAUCUAUAGGCUGCCCCAUGCCUCCUUCCCUGAUAUGUUGGCUGCCCCCCCAUGCCUCACUUCCCUGAUAUGUAGGCUGCCACCCCAUGCAUCACUUUCCUGUUAUGUAGGCUGCCCCCAUGCAUCCACUUCCCUCGAUGGGCUGCCCCCAUGCAUCCUUCCCUGAUCGAUAGGCUGCCCCCCAUGCCUCCUUCCAUGCUGCCCCCCCAUCCACUUCCCUGAUCUGUAGGCUGCCCCCCAUCCUCACUUCCCUGAUCUAUAGGCUGCCCCCAUGCCUCACUUCCCUGAUCUAUAGGCUGCCCCCAUGCCUCACUUCCCUGAUCUAUAGGCUGCCCCCCAUGCCUCACUUCCCUGAUCUAUAGGCUGCCCCCACUGAUCCUCCUUCCCUGAUCUAUAGGCUACUUCCCUGAUCCCCCAUGCCUCACUUCCCUGAUCUAUAGGCUGAUCUAUAGGAUGCCCCCAUUCCUCACUUCCCUGAUCUAUAGGCUGCCCCCCUUCCCUCACUUACCUGAUCUGUAGGCUGCCCCCCACCUUCCCCCCAUCCCUCACUUACCUGAUCUGUAGGCUGUCUCUGCUGGCUGCAUGUGCUGCUCCCCUGCGGUUUCAGUCAGCAGAGAGAAGCAGGGAUAAGAUGUAGCUUCCUAUUCCUGUCUCUCUCCAUACACAGUAUUGCAGUGCAUUUUCAAUCUCACACAAAAAAUAGCAGAACAAGAUGAAAAAUCCAGGGGGGGGGGGGCAAGUGCGGUCGCCCAUGCGGUCGCCCAUGCCCCUAACCUUAACCCUACACUAUCCAUAACUCUAAACCAGCAUUAACACUUACCUUAGCACUAACCCUACCCUAACAUUAACCCUUUGCCACCCCUAAGGAAACCGUCUGCUAGUAUCAGCAGAUGUUUUUCCUAGUUAAAAUAGUAGAGAGUGUUAUGUUGCCAUAUACUGGAUGUUUUCAGGAUUAAACGCAAAUCACUGUAAUGGUGAAUAUCACAUAUACACUCAGAUACACACUGACACACAGAUACACACAUUGAAACACACACUAAGAUAUACAAACUGGCACAUACAAUCAUAUACACACACUGGCACAUACACACACUCGGACACACUGGCACAUACACACACUCGGACACACAGUGACACAAGCACACAGAUACAUACACUGACAUACAGAUUCACACACAAACUGACAUACAGAUACACAAACACACAGAUAUACAGAUACACACACACUGACACAAACACUCAGAAGAUACAUACUGACCUACAAAUAUACACACUGACAUACAGAUACACACAGAUACGCACACUGACACAAACACUCAGAUACGCACACUGACACAAACACUCAGAUACAAUGACAUACAGAUACACACAGACUGACACAAACACUCAGAAGAUACAUACUGACCUACAGAUAUACACACUGACAUACAGAUACACACACACACACUGACACAAACACACAGAUACGCACACUGACACAAACAGACAGAUACGCACACUGACACAAACAUACAGAUACACUUCUUUUAGCCUACCUUUGUCUCCUGGAGGGUGGCUUGCUUGAUGCCCUGGUCCUGGCUAAGGCUGAUGGGAGUGAGCAUGCAGUGGCAGCUCACUACAGCCUCUCUUCUCCCUCCAUGCUGCUGUGUGGCUCUGCUGCCUUAUCCCUCCAGUCCUCCUGUGCGGCUCUCUGUGAAGCAGCAGGGAGGAAGUGACAGGCUGUCAUCACUUCCUCCCUGCUGGCUGAUAGUUGGCUCUUAAAAGGCCGGAACACCACCGGAUCUGCUUAGUAUGAGGGAAGGGGGGGCUCAAAUCAUAUGUAUAAUAUCCUGGAAACCAACACACACAAUCUGAUAUAUACAUUGAUGUGAGAAGGGAUUUAAUCCUGCUCACAUCAAUAUUUUGGGACACAACAUGCCUAAUGGCAAAAAAGCCCAUUCUGUGGAGGACGGCAUGGAACGUCAUAACGUCGUGAAGGGGUUAUACAUUUAAAUAGGCACUGUCAUGCUUCAUUAUGGUCAGGCAUUCUGUUCAUAUUAUUGGCAUACAUGCCAUGCUUACCGUUAAAUUAUUUGAUUUAUUCAUUUAUUUCCAAUUUGCAUUUCAUAAAGAAUUUUGUGCAUAAAUCACAGGGGUACAUAAAAGAUAAUAAGAAAGAGAAUUAAACAUAAAUAUGUUUGUUACAGUGUGGCUAUAUGCAAUUUGGCGUUUGAGUUGCAAUUUGGUGCAAACACAGAGUAGGUGGGGCAGUCAGGGAUCCCACAGCCAAACGUAGGUGUUAAACUGUUUGAAAAGGGUAAGAUAGUGCCCUGGGUCUACUGCCCCAAAGCAACCCUGUUGAGAUGAUGCCAUUUAGAUAAUGUGGCUAGUGCUCAUGCAACAAAUGGUAUAUACAGUCGGAAUGCCUACCACAAUUGCAAUUAUUUAUAUAGUUCCAACACAUUCCGCAACACUGUACAAUUAUGUAAUUUGUGUUUAAUUGUUGGACCUGGAACUAAAAAGAUGUUACACAGGGGCUGCCCUGCUCUAUAUGGAUUCAUGUUUCAAAGUACAAACAGCAACAUCAUCAGAUAGAUGGAGUUUUUUUUUAAUAUUUGGUGCAAUUUAUCUAGCUUAAAUACCAUCGACAUACAGUAACAUUUCUUUUGUUUCAUAUUGCAUUGUGAAACUUACUUUAUACAGCAUGAACUUGUAAGACUGGAUCCUGCACACUUGGAAUUAUUUUUCCACUGUCCAUGGAAAGGCUUUUGCCAAACCACAACAAGUAUUCCCUUAAUCUAGGGCAAGAACGUUCACUAUAAAUCCACAUUCAAAAUGUAUUUUGGAUGAUUAACCACAGCAAUUGUAUAUUAUAUAGGCUAACCACAGAAAAUAAUUAUCACUCAAAACUUUCCUUAUAUGUCAGAACUCACUUCUGAAUAUUUUUGUAUACAGCCCCGACAGCUUUCAUCUAGCUAAUGCAACUCUUCCAUUUUGUAUCAUUAUUAUUAGUAUUCUUGCCAUUUAUAUAGCGCCAACAGAUUCCAUAGCGCUUUACAAUAUUAUGAGAGGGGGGAUGUAACUAUAAAUAGGACAAUUACAAGAAAACUUACAGGAACGAUAGGUUGAAGAGGACCCUGCUCAAACGAGCUUACAGUCUAUAGCAUUAGUUCUUAGUUUGUAAGGACAUGAGUACAUUUCAUGGCAGCGUUUGGGUUACCAUAAUAGGAAUGGACAGUACACUAAAAUUGACAAAGGUGUUGCACAUUUUAGACAAAAGUAGACAAGCUAAAAAAAUACUCUAGAGAAAUGUAUCUACUUGGUUAUUUUGGUCCCUAAAUUGCAGCUCCAUUUUUGGUCCCCCCCUAUCCCAACUUAGAUGGGAGAUCUGUGAAGAAUCAUCUCACACAAAGUGGUAUUUUGGGAACUAAACAUAAACUUAAUUAAUAAAUGGCUCAUAUUAAAGUUCUCCCACAGAUGAGCCACAUUUAAAUACCUAAAGAAAAUAAAGAAUGGUAUCAUCCUGGAAAUAAGCAUUGUUUCUAACUGUAGUACACUAUAGUACAUUUGUGUUUACUAGCAAGCGGGUAGCUCCCCUUCCCCCCUCCUUCCAGAGAAAGGGUCUGGGAAGAGCUGAAUAGUUGGAGUUCUGUUGGAUUUGUGAAGUGUGAAUCUGUGCUCUCAUAGACUAUAAAUAAAGGCACAGCUGGUAUUAGUACCCCGGUAUAGUAUUCACACCUGUCCGCUAAUGACAUAAUUUAAUGCCAUCCUCUUUUUUUGCCAAAUGUGGACAGUGCAUAUAUUAAUUUAACAUUGUGAUGGCCUCAUGCCUUCACUCCUGCAAUUGAGGUACUUGAAUGUGAGCUUGAGUUCUGAAUGCUCUUAAAAAUAAACACAAGAAGACCGCUCAUUGUAAGUUUUAAUUUCCUCUUUCCAUAAGUUUAAUAUUUCAUUAUUACAAGACACACAAUGAUCAUCAGGAUUGUGGUCAUUCCUUUUGGCCCAUUCCAUCUCGGGGUACUGCCUAAGCUUUCUCUCCCACCCACUAUGCGGCUACUUUCAUGUGUUUCACAUUUCCAGAGACACACGCUUGGGCUUGCUUAUUCUAGUGGCUUAAUUGAAAUGCAAUGCUGUAAUUGCACUGAUCCCUCCUUUAGAAACCAGACUACGCUUUUCUUCCAAUCUUUUCAUGGUCCCUAAUAAGGAUUCCUCAUUCUUAUUCUUUCUAUACAUCUUCAACAGGUUCCUGUUCCAGCCUACAAGAUGGAAGCACUAAUGUCAACCCUUCUCUCUCUACAGGGAGGCUUCUUCCUCACCACUGUCCAAAUCCUUAUCCAUCCUGAUCAUUACCAUGUCCUCCCAUUGACAUUCUUGGACCCUCAUUACUAGUUUGUGAUGCUACCAUUUGUUCUAAUUUUGACUCCAUGAGUCUUUCCAAGGCCCUGCACUGUUAUGCCUUGGGCUAAUUCCCUCAGCCUUUUGGUUUACCCAAACCUGGAUCACAUCCUUCUCCAGCUGCACCCUUGAAAGCAAGUUGUCCAUCUUAUGGACUUACUUAUCUCACACCUACAACAUCAUUGAUUGUUCAUCACUCUACCAAAGAUUUCUCAAGUAUCCAAUAACAUGCUACAUAUCUGAGUAAGGUUCUAGGUGGAGUUUCCAUCUGUCACCUGUGUGGAUGCUAUCAGGCAAAGCUGCUCACUGCCUGUCUCUACCUUACCCAGUACAGGUCUUCAACUGUGGUAUAUAUAUAUAGGUUCUGGUUCUCACUGUAUCAUUCUUGGACAUGAUACCACUUGCAAUGUUUCACCUUUAGCCCCUGUAACGGUCCUUUCUCGGGCAAUGGAAAUGGGUCUUUAUCAGAGAAUUCUCUUGAACUAUCUAGUCAGGUUCCUACACCCCUCUUAUUCAGAGAGGAUUUGUUUUUGCACUGGAUGCAGUGUGGGGGAGGGGGGUGACAGCAAAAUCAGGGGACUUACUCUUCUCAAUGUCCUUAACCUUCAGGGGAUUUUUCAUGCUUCAGGUCUGCCCUGCGGACCAUCACUUAUGCCUAUCUCCAGUCUCCCAAUGUCACUGCCGUUUACUGUGUCAUUUACUAAGGAGGUAAAAGAAGACCAGCUGCCAUACUGGUUUUCAGAAUUCAGCAUUCACGCAGAAGAGAAAGAGGUAACUCUAUCUGAAUCCACAUCCCCUAGGCAUAUUCCUAAUAAACCCACCAUAAAACCACCCACCAGUUAAAUACAGACACCAAUAUUUCUUGGGAAAAUAUCACAGCUUUUAUUAAUCAUAAUGUUUACACAACAAAUUUUAAUGUAAAACAUUUACAGACAAUGACCCCCACAUAAAUGACAGCAAUCUUAAAACAAUAUCUAUCAUAAAACCCAAACAAUUACCACAGCCACCAAGGGCAUCUUUUUUUCACAGCUACAAGGGCAUCUUUAACCACUUGUAGGGGUAUACCAAGAUACCCCUACACACCCAGGUUCAGAGCUACCAACGAGCUUGAACCUACCAAACCAAUGCAAACAUAGCUAAGCUCCUGAACUUGAACUUCCCCCCACUUACCAAGCCAACCUACCUCCAAUUAUCCUAUCCAUCCCCGCCGCCGUGACCAAAACAAGGGAUAGACCUACCAGAUAACCCCAAUACCUAGGGAGGGUGGGGCAACAACAAGUAAGUGGGAAUUAAAUUAAAAGGGGGCUCUCCCUAAAAUGGCUGAUAUUUAUUUGGCUAUAGGCCACCCCUUCCCAAAUUCACUAAUCCACUCCCCCUAUCCAUAUGCCCUCCUCCUAGCGAAGUCAAGGCCCACUGCACUUAGCACAGCUGUUCCCUGGGCUUCAUUGCACAAGUGUAUGUCUGGGAAGUAAAUUUUCUUAAACACCAGAUGUUUCUUCUGCCUCCAUUUAGAGAUUUUUUCUUCUCAGUGAGCAAGUGGGGUGUCCCAGAAAUAGAUUUAAUAGCUUUUCAAUGCAGUGCCCUAGUGGCCUCGUGGGACUACAGCCUGAUAAACUGAUUUCCACUAUUUUUGCUCUUUACAAGGUUUGUGGCUAUGAUCCAUCUAUAGUAUGCACCAGUGUUACUUAUAUAUAUUUAUGGACAAAUAUUCUACUCAUAGUGCUUGGAAAUAUGAUUGACACGACUUAAAAUAGCCAGGCUGUUACUAUAGCUAAGUUGAGGAAUAUUUCAUAUUUUUUCUAUUUAGAUUUCAAGCCACUACAAUUUGGAAUAUAGUCCAUUAGCCUGUGGUUGGCCCAGCAGGGAAUGCCGAUCUGAUCAGGAUGUCCAUAUCUUCACCUUGAACUCUUCCUCUGCCUUAAGUCAAAUUCUGAGAUGGAAUGGUUUAUCUACCAUUCAAUAACACACUUAUGCAUACCCAGAAGCCUAUUUUGGCUCACAUCUACCAUAAGGUUUGGUGAGCAUGCUUGAUGUUCUUAGCAGGACUAUAGGUGGGAUUUAUUUCCGGUUAUCUAGGGUCCUGGAUUUGAUUCUACUCUGCCAGUACUCUAAAUGUGGAAAUGUUUGCUGUUUUGGCUAUUUUGUUAUAACUAUCUGGCACAUGUUCACCCUACGUUAUAUCCAACAACACCACCACUGUGUCUGAAUCUGGUUCUCUGGGGCUUAAACACUCCUCCUUAGAACCAAAGCACAAACUGGAUGUGUAGUUUUUGUCCAUGAUUAGACAUGGUAUGUAUUCGUCAGGGUUCCCAGUAUCAGGCUGCAUAUGUCACAUCUUAUGGUAAAGGUGGUCCUUGUUUGAUAUAGAGCAGUGUCCUGCUGGAAUCACCGUGGUUUUUAACGAUUUUAACUCGAUUUAGCUAGAGACGAACACGUCCGGCCAUCUUGAGUGUCAGGCUCGGUCCCCCUAUUAUUAUUAUUUUUUGGGCAAUAUUUUGAAAAAUAUAUAAAUUGCAUAGCGAUUUUGCUAGUACAAUGUAAAGAUAAUUUGAGGAGAAGAAUUCAAUUAAACCGAUUAAAAAGUAACAUGACAAAUACCCUUUAACUUCUCUAAAUACUGCAGUCACCCUAUGUAAUAGAUGUGAUCAUAUUUAGCAUUUGAGAAAAUACUUAAGGUCCAGAUUUGUAUAUACAGGGCCACAUAAAACGUGCAAGGUGCAUUUUAAAUUGUUACAACUGUUUUUGUGCUUCUAUGAUACAGUAUUCUGGGUGUUGAAUCAUGGUUCCCGUUGUCAAAAAACAAUGUAUUUUUUUUUUAGGUGAUUGCUCCAUUAUUUGGCCGUUGAACUGGAUGUUAACUGAACGUGUUUUGUUGCAUGUGUUCUGAAACACGUUUUACCUGUGCACAAAAACAUUUCAUGAAACCACUAAGGUUUUUUGUUUUCUUUUAACAUUAAUUUGUUCUUGAAGUUAAACUGUGCUUUAAUAAGCUUGGAUUGUGUGCACUUUCAUUGACUACUUCAGGCCCCCCCUUGUUUGCUGACAGCAUUUGUCAUAUUGGAGCUGUUGGCAGAUCAUAUUCCGUGGUUACUGUGUGUCCCUUGGGUGACAUAUUGCUGACAUGCUCAGUGGACAGCUGCCGUGUCCCUUGAAACAGACAUGCCUUUAUAUCGGGGCAUCUUUAGUGAGUUUACUAACUUGUUUAGUUUUGGGUUAGCUGUCUCAUUAAUAUUAUAUAUAAUUUUUUUAAAGGAGAAAUAGGGUUUUUUUUUUGUUGUAAGACGCUACUAGUUAAAUAUUAAAUAUGAAUAGAAAAUUUAAAAUGGAAAUAUAAUGGGUAUUUUUUUCUCAGUUUUUAUAAUUUAUAUACAGCACGUGCAACUACAGAAAAAAUACUCAAAAUAGAAUCACUAAUUAGUCCUGAUUGUAAAGUGCCUAAUAUGUCUAGGAUUUAAAUUUAUUUUUUAAUGCUAUAAAAUUACAAGUUGUGAAUUACAAUUUAUUUUUAAAUCUUUUUUUUAUUCUUUAUUUUUGUAGUGCAGAGUGAAAUACAUGUUUCAGUGGUAAGACAUAGCAUAAGGGAAUAUAACAAGAUAAGACUUGGGUAAUCAUGGUAUGGUGCACUUUUUUGUGUGUGUAAACGAAGAACAUAAAGCGUGGCAUAAGCUAGAAAUUGGGUAGCAAUACUAAGUAGAUUAUGGUACAGCAUGCAAUAUUUAACUGGGUAGUAGUAAUGCCACUGGGUACUUGUCGCUAAAUAAAACCAUGUGAAUAUAAGUGUGGAAGUCUCUCUGCUCUGCAUACAGGGCUACUUAUGAUGAAGCAAGAGCACAAUCACCUAAACUUCAUACCACACCACCCACAGGACACACUAUGAGGUAUAGCUACAGUCCAGGUAUGAUGGCAACACUGGCCCCCAAAGUGUACCGUGAGGACAGACAAUCUUCAAGUGUGCAAGCUGUGCUACUUCUGCUGCACCAGGGUUCUUCAUCGCCCACCGCCCUGGCCUCAAAGUGAGCUAUGGCCGCACCUCCAAGGGCCCCACUAUUCCUCUCGGCAGGGUCUCGGACCGGGGAGCUUUGGGCGUCGGGUACCUGGGCGGCUGACGGAGGUUUGUUCCAUUUGUAACCCCGGCCCUGAAUGGGACUGGUGAUCCGAAAUGGUGGCACAGGUUACAGACUCUUCAGGCUGAGCUUUGGGGGAUGGUCGGACAUAGAUGCGCUCCCAGAACUCCUGGCACAUCCUGUCAAAUUGCUUGUCGAAUAUGCCAUCGCUAGACAUUUAAUCCCUGCAUUGCAUGAUGGCAUAUAGACCAUCAUACGAUCUUUCAGUGGUUAAGCUUACUAAUUUCCUUGGAAGGCAUGCAGUAAUAACAGAAUCUUUAUGUAAGCUGGUAAUGCAUUAAUAAUUGAUGGAAGCAUAAUAAGAUUGAAAAAAAGUAUGCACAGCAGUCUGUGACCUAAACGCAAAUUUGCUUUUACAUCUCCACUUCAGGAUUCCUGGGCUCUCCUGGUGUUGGGCAGGAGAUUCCACUGUUGUGGGAGAGCGAGUUUCCCCAGCAGGGACCUGGAUAUCCCUCACUGGUUCAGGUAUAUCCCUGUGUAGCACGCCCAGUGUUGGGAGAUCGGCCGCCUCUCCCGGACACCAGACCACAAAACAGGCAAGGCCCCAUGGCAGGACAACUUAAGUGCUUGGUAUUUCAUGCCAACUUGAGUUCCCUCAUGUUCCAGUGGGGGUUUAAGCAAUAGAAGAUUAUUGUGUGCUCGGAUCUGUUGGAGCUAACACAAGACAUGUGUGUUGUUGUGUGUCCCCCCUGUGAAUUAUGAUUUUAAUACUAAAAUUACAACUUUAAAGGAACACUAUAGGGUCAGGAACAAAAAAUGAAUUCCUGACCCUAUAGUGUUAAAACAACCACCUACCCCCAACCCCCCUUUGUCCCCCUAAAUAUAGCAAAAUCAUACCUUUACUACUGCUACAAUCUACUGCUGCUGGCUCUGCCCCUGAUCUGCCUGCUUGGCUGACAUCACCAGAGGCUCUGAUCUGAGCCAAUCACAAUGCUUUCACAUAGGAUUGGCUAAGCUUGUCAAGGAGGCAGAACCAGCACAAGCCAAACAUAGCCCUGGCCAAUCAGCAUCUACUCAUAGAGAUGCAUCAGUGUAUCUCUAUGAGAAAAGUUCAGUGUCUGCAUGCAGAGGGUUGAGAAACUGAAUGUCAGGAAGCACCUCUAGCAUCGAUUUGAGGAGUGGACAGUGGAGGUUUCCCUAGACUGUAAUGUAAACACUGCAUUUUCUCUGAAAAGACAGUUUUUACUGCAAAAAGCCUGAAGGAAAUUAUUAUAGUCACAGAAUCCAAAAAGUAUAUAUUUGUAUUAAGUACAUCCCCCUGGCUAUUCAACUAAGCACAUAUUGUCACUUUUUAUUUAGCCAUUUUAUGACCAACCUUAGUGGAAUCAGCUGGUUGUAUUUAUUUAUUUUUUUUACUUUUUCACACUUAUUUUGGAAUAUGUGGAAUUUCACAGACCACAUGUGUCCCACUAGUAUAAUAGUAUAUAUUUGUAUUCUGCUGCUGUUCUUGUGUAGAAUAAUGACCAUUAUGUAUAUCUUUGCCCCAAAUCCAACUCCUACCUCAGAGGGAUUCCCUCUACGGACAUCGGAGGGAAUCCCCUCCAUACACAGUGCAGUGCUGUUUAAAUGUUCUCUGCUGGGUGAUUGCUGCUUCAGAAGAUCUCCCUCUAAUGCUGCUGCUCUGGCAUAUUGUCCCUGUGCUGAACAGCUGUACGGAGGUAUGCAGGGAGACCCUGACAAUGUCUAUUCACUGGAUUUAAAUGGCUAUGUGCGGUGCUUACUCUGAGUGCUGCACACAGCUCAUAGGACUCCUCUGACAGAGGAGGGCACUUGUAUCGAAUCAUACCUGGGACUCCCUGGUACCAGCAGAGAUUUAGUCGUGUUGGUUCUUUUAAACCAUGACGGUCUAUGCCAUCACUAGACAUUAAAACCUUUUCCUUGGAAGGCAUGCAGUAAUAACCAAAUCUUUAUGUAAGCUGGUAAUGCAUUAAUAAUUAAUGGAAGCAUAAUAAGAUUUUAAAAAGUACACACAACGGUUUGUGAACUAAACGCAAAUGUGCUUUUACAUUUUUGGCUGAUGGCAUUUAAUUCAAAACCUUCUCGUCAUUCACUUUACUCACCAACAACUGAAUGGUAACCAAGUUAAGGAGGUGGGACUACAGAUGUUAGUAGGUGAGACUGGUACGCAACAUGGAGGUAAAAGAAGACAUCAUGCAAAAAAGAGCUCUACAUAAUGCUGGGUGUUUAAUGCUAGCCAAAAAAAAAGCAGGCUUGUGUCUCCCUUAAUGUUUAGAGUCUGGAGAAUACCUAGAGAAUCCCUGUGUAUUUCCAUACCUUGCAGAACCCUAAAUAUGCAAACAUGACCAUCUAUAUUUACUUGCACAUUACCUACUUAUGUGACCUUUCAUUCUACUCCUGCGAUACAAGGGAACUCUGAACCGAGGAUUCAUGUCCUCACAACUAAGAGCCAGUCUUAACAAGCUUUCAGAAAAUCCCUGGAUGUGUUCCUACGAGAACUCUGGGACACCUCAAACCCACCGCCCAUCUCCAUAUGCGAUAGGUCUGACCGUGGAGCUCAGGAUUUCAUUAAUGGAAAACGGAAACUUCUUCAAAGCCCCAGCAAGGACAAGACUGGCAUAGUGACAGGUGCAUCCUAUAUUUAGGACUCCAGGAUUCUUUAACAAGUCAGCACCGAAUUCCCCUUUCUUUCCAUUAGACAUGCAUUAUCACUGUAUCCCGGGCCCUUUUGACACAAGGCUGUCUCUCAUUUUUGAAAGGAAAUCCAUAGAGCACAAAGAGAGGAGCAGUGGUCAAGCAGUACUUUUACUUGUGUUUGAAGUGGUUUGACCCAUCAUGUAGGAGAUCUCUUAAAUGAUUUUAUUGCCCUGCUCCACUGUCAGUGUAUUUGAAAGCUCUGGCUUUAGAUGUAGUACGUACCUCACAUGAAUGCUUCCUGUACAAACUGUAAGCUUGAUACAGUGUUUCACGGUGUAUCCAGUUUUAACUCUUUACAUUACGUUGCUCUGGCUUCUAAAGCAUAUGUUCGCCUCCUUAAUUAUACAUAAAGAGUUGUUCAAUACUUCCUUUGAGCAUUUGAAGGGUGAGCAUCAUUAUUUGAGAACUGAUACUUAAGGACAGUAUAACUGCUGAGCAGUUCACCAUUACGAUCAUGAAAAAAUUAAAUAAAUGUAUAUUUUCCGCCUGGUUGCAAGUGUUGUAAUAUUAACUUCUCAUUAUACAUUGUUACAAAUUGUGGUACUUUUGUGGUUGUUGUUGUUGUUUUUUCCUCUCUCGAUUUGGUUGGAUACUUUAGCUCAUGUGUCUCUCAGUUGAAUUUGCUUUUUUGUGAGUAUGACCUUUCAAAACAUUGAGGCUUAUUAAGUAAACACAGGCAGGGAAGACUCUUUAUACUGAGUGUAUUUGCUCCAAAGCGUCUAAGUUUAGAAGCAGCCGGCAGCUUGUAGGUGCUUCCUUUCCCAGAAUCCCUCCCCAAUGCUCUCCCCCCCAGCAGCCCAGGCCAGCACUGGCUGUCUGUCACACAGCAGCACUAGUUCGAGGUCAUGUUUCCUAGCAGAUUGCUGCAGGGGGACUUCAGUGAAAGGCUCUUCUGUUAUUGAUAGUUUUGGUGUGAUUGGGACACAGCAAGUGUGGAGGUCUUUGUUGUACGAUGCUGGGGCUUUCUAGCACUUUGUUGUCCUUAUAUCCGACCCACCCAGCCUUCUUUCCAAAAGGAGUUUAAAUAGGGGACAGUGCCUUAAAAUAUUUUACCUUUUUAACACUUCCUCCUUGCUAAGGACUUGUUUAAGAAUUAAGAGGCUACCCUGGAGAAAUCUGGUACCUCAAGAUGAUGAUAAAGGAGGCAUCGCUGAGGAGGGAUCCUGAUUUAAGGGGGGAACUGGCAUUUCUGGCCAGAGGCUGUGACUUUGUGCUCCCCUCACGGUUUAAAAAGAGGAUCAAGUCUUUUCAACAAGCUCAGGUUUGGAACUUACUUUCUAUGGGCAAUGGGGAAGGUAGGGUUUGCAUAAUAUUUGUUAACAGUCGUCAUAGUAUGCUUGUUUUUUGUUUUUUUUAAUUCAUUGUUUGAUAUAAGUUUAGAAUAAUAAAGAAAGUUGUCAAACAUACAUAUUUGCAUAAUAUUUAUAUGUUUUAUUUCUGAUUGACUUUGUCAUAAAUUAGUGGGAGUGGUUGUGUUGCACCUAGAAUGAACUAGGGGAGGAUCAAAGUAAGUUUUUAUUAGCUAAUAUGUUGGAGGGGUCUGAUUGAAUGAGUGUAACAUUGAUUAUGGGUGAUUGGAGUUAUAUCUGGGAUGGUUAAGGGUUUUUUAAAAGAGCAGUUAUGGCAUUGGUUAAAAUAAUCUGCAGGGUAGUUAACAUAAUUGUGGGAGGAGCUAUAAUAGAUAGUAGUACUUCUAAGAGGUGCUGUGAAGCAUAAUUCUUACAUGAGCGACAGAGUGGAUUUAUAAGAUGAUUAGUAGAUUUAAAAAGAAACGUAUUAACAUGGGAUGCCUAUAUUGGUUCCAGAGGGAUUUAUAACUUGGUGCUGAUUAAAUUAGCUAUGGGAUAAGAAAUACAAUUGUAUUGUAAGGAGGAGAUAAUAUACAGCAGUUUUGGGAGAAAUAGAAUUGCGGUAAUGUAAUCAGUGCAGUGGUGGGAGAUGUUAAAAGGUGUAAUACUGCAUUUUAAAGUAUUGAUUGGUGUAGGUAAAGCCACAAUGAUAUUACACCAGAUAAAGCGGGUUAAAGCUAAAUUUUUAGCGCACUGAUAGGAGGAAUUGUAAUUCCUGGUUAAGUACGGUCGAGAGGAGCUAUAAAGCAUAAAUAUUAAAACUGUGAUAAGAGGCAUUCUAAGAUUCCAUUAUUAGAGCAGAGAUGGGUACAGUUACUAAAUGUGAUCAAUAAAACAGAUAGGAGGAGUUUGUGGCACAGUAUUGGGAGGAGCUAGAAGGAUAAAGGAAAAUAUAUUGCUACAAAGGUUCAAAAGUGAAUGCUUAAAGGGACACUGUAGGCAGUAUGACAAUUUCAUCUCUUUGAAUUGGUUACAGUGUCUGGAGUUCCUUGGUGCUGUCCCUCCAUUCAGUGUUAAACCAUUUUCUAGGAGUUUAACAUUGAAUGAGGGUCCAUGGUUUCUCAUAGCCCUGCCCCCACUGGAGGUGUGGCUAAGGCAGAGAUUGCACACUUCCUUGUAGCCAUAUCAUACCUGAAUGGGCACUGUGAGGCUUAUACAGUCAGCACAAGGAGGACAAGCUGCUGAGAAUUCUUGUAAAGCAUUCAAACAUUCCAAACUUUUUAAUGCUGGGUGGAAGGAUGGAGUCACGGAACAGACAUCAUAGCCAAUGAUAUGAAGCAGUUACAGUGCCUACAAUGCCCCUUUAAAGGAAAAAAAAUGUCUAAUAAAAUGAAACAUUUGCUGCAAAUGUUGAAUAAGAAGGAGGUAAUGGAUGCAUCAAUGAUGUUAUCUUUUGUGCUAGCACAGCCUGCUUCCUUGACAUUAGAUCCAUUUUACCAGUGAUGGAUGACCUUCUUUAAUGACAAGACACCACUAGUCUAGUACAUGCUAUAAAUUACAUUUCCAACACAGUAAAACAUACUUUCAAUGGGAAAUCUAUGAGCAGAAUAGGUAUAAUCAUUACUUUGCAAAGCUUUGUAAAAUACUUUUGUGUUACUCGGCUAAAAUCUACUACUGAAAAAUGAAUAUUUGUUCUCAUACUGCACCAAACUCAUAUAUUGUUCAUUUUAAAAUUCAGAAGAAUGCAAAUUGGAUUUGGAUUUGGAUAAUACCGACCAAGCGUGAAUUAAAAUAUAAAAUAUGUUUUAAAGUACAACAUUUUAGAGGAAGACAGUGCUACACCCACCUCUAGGAAAAGCUUGCACAGGUGCAUCUUCGCUGCACUUCGGUUCUGACAUUUUUAGACUGCUGACUUCCCUUUGACCGUAUGACAUCUUCACAGCCACCAAGAAGCAACGGAUCGUCAGCUAUGGAGAAGCAACCAUGGAGGUGGAAAGCGGACACUAUGGUGUGAUUUCUUUUUUUUUUCUUCUUUCCCUUAUUAAUUUAAUAGACACGCCUUUUUUAAACAUCAUUCCUGAGAAGCCUGCUAUAUUUCUUACCGCUGUUAGGGUAGUGUCCAUCAUGUUUCCAGUACGGGUCAUUGUAGUCCUUUGUCAAAGAACGGCACAGUAAAAUUCCUUCCCGAGACCAAUACAUUAUCUUUGUUUACAUUCAGUAAGCACAAAUAACUUUUAUCAUUCUUUUUUAACAUUACAAAAGAAUGAUAAAUGUAUCUCUGGUAGUAGUUUUCCCUUUAGGGAAUAACCCAAGAUUUGUAACAGAGCUGAAGACAAUAUUCUUAAGUAGGCCUGUGGAAACAUUUUCUGAGGAAACGGGUGAACAAGUAUGUGAAACUACAGCCUAAUGGGUUGCUUUUUUAAAUGCAAAAACUUUGAAUACUUUAAUGGCAACAAUAGCAGAAGAAAGUAACCUGCAUAUUAUUUCACACAAUUUAAAAGACAAUGCAGCAAAGUAAUGUGACUGCUUUAAUGUGACUACUUGCUCCAAAAAAAGAUGCAUCAAAAGGAUACAUUGCUCAUAGAUUACCCAUACGUCAUAAUCUAUUUAUGAAUGCUAAUCGGGGUCCGUGACAUGCUUGAGAGGCAAAGCUGUUCUGUCCAAUUUCUUUGGGUAAGCUAUUUUAUACACCCACAGCUUGAUGAGUUGUACUAUAUUGAAAGAGUGAAGUAAUGUAAUUAAUUUGUGAGAUUCUAAAUUUAAAGCACCCGGGCCAAAUGGAAUUCUUCUAAAAUCUUCACUGUUGAGUGAACUUGAUUAACAAAUUAAAAAGCCAUAACCUUGUAUUUGUGACUAUCUGCCUUUAACUGAAGCUGGCAGAGGAUCUGGAGUAUAGUAUGCAGUGGGCAAAGCUCACAGCUGGUGAGGAGCUCUGCAUGCCAUGUCUUCAAAGAAUGUGCACACAGAUGCCUUGGAGUCUAUAAAUAGUGACCAGUGGACACUGUCGAGUUUUUUUGCAAAUGCAUAACUAUCACAGUAACUUUGUGCCAAGUUACAGAUCAGGCCCAGGCUUGUUCCUUAAGUUUCCAAUGGAUUUUAUUCAAAAUGAACCCCAAAAAAGUGUUAAUGAUGCAACUAGUAGACUGCCAGCAGGCCUGCUCUAACAGUUUGGUAGUAAUUUAUUUACAUAUAAAAUGUGAUAGGUAUCCAAUAAGUUAGCUUCUUCCUUUGGAAGAGGGUGGAUAAAAUGAGAGAGAGGUUGAUCUAGUCAUUCUAGUGGUCACCUUAGAUUUAACACAUUGAGUUGUGGAUGCAUGCAGUUGACUUUCAGGAGAGGUGGUAUUUGAUGUAACUGAAUAUCAUAUGAAGUGGUUUUAAAAUAACAGUCUAUGCCAAUCCCUUCCCCCAUUGGAUUUAAUUUAGCCACCGUCAGAUUUUGGCCUGAGCAGAGAACAUCAUGGAGGUUGGUUUAUUUACAGACCAAAAGUCCAGAUUUAGAUAGCAGAAUGAAAACCUUGAUUUCCAAAAUAUUCAUCAGACAGUGCCUGUAGCUAGAAUACAUAGUGACUUCAAAAAAUGAUCUUCGUAGAAUCUUUGCAAUCAAUUAGUUUCAACCAAUGUUUAGUGGAACUUGUUCACCUGGUAUUAAUGACCGAUGCAUGUCUAACUGACCUAAUAAACCAAAUAAAGAGAACUCUCAUGCAUCAAGUGUGUUACAUUAGUUGUUAAAAAAAAAAAAGGGCAUAUAUUAGCAUUCCUAAUCAGCCAAGUUCACAUAACACGUGAUAAAACCGGUGUGCAUACCUACUGAUUUAAAAUAUAUUUUAACACAAGUAAAAUAAUUUGUAUUAAAAAAAGUUUCUAAUUUGUUAACAAAUUGUUUUUAAUGCCCACACAUUUAAUAUAAUAUUUGUGUGUGGAAUUGCUUACAACUAGAACUUUGUAUAUUGUAACAGAGAAAAAUACAUUGAAAUAAUUAUUUAAAUUGCCUCUAAUGCAGCGUUUCCCAAUUGGUGUUACGCAGAACCCUGGGAUUCCACAGAACACCAAUUGAGGUUCCGCCAAAAGUUAAAAAAAUAAAAUGGCUGCGGGCGGCGAGGGAGCAGUGAGCCGUGAUCUCCCUGCCCAGAUUCCUAGCGUGCACAGGAGUGAUGCCAGAGCCGGAAUAUGGCAUCACUAAGAGGCGCGCGAGGGAGCUGAGCACGGAGAUCACUGCUUCCUCGUCCCCCGGCACUCUGCUCCACUGGACCCCAGAGACUCCAAGGCAGCACUCCUAAAGGGGAGUAAAAUGUAAAAAUAAAAUAAAAUUGUACGUGUGUCUGUUAGGGAGUUCCUAUGUGUUUGUGUGUCUGUCAAAGAGUAUAUGUGUGUUUGUCAGUGAGAGUGAAUGUGUGCCUGUCAGUGAGUGUGUGAGAGUGUAUGUGUUUGCCAGUGAGAGUUUGUGUUUGUAUGUGUGUUUUUCAGUGAGAGUGUAUGUGUGUCUGAGUGUGUCUGUGUGUCAAGGUUUGUGUAUGUGUCACUGUGUGUAUCUAAGUGUGUGUGUGUGUGUGUGUGUGUGUAUGUGCCAGUGUGUAUCAGUGUGUUUGUGUGUGCCAGUGUGUAUCUGUGGGUGCAAGUGUGUGUAUAUGUCAUUUUGUGUAUCUGUGAGUCAAGAUGUGUGUGUCUGUGUAUCUGAGUGUGUAUCUGUGUGUCAAUGUGUAUCUGUGUGCCAGUGUGUGUGUGUAUCUGUAUGUCACAUACAUAUACACACACGCACAUAGAUACACACUGACACAGAGAUACACACACCGGCGCAUGCAAACACAGAUAUACACACCUUGGCACAAACCGGCACAUACAAACACAGAUACACACACUUUGAAAACCAUAGAUACACACACCUUGACACACAGAUACACACACACACACACACAGAUAAACACUGUGUGUCAAGGUGUGUGUAUCUGUGUCAGUGUGUGUAUUUGUGUGCCACUAUCUGCCAGUGUGUGUUUAUCUGUGUGUCAGAUUCAUACACACUGGCACAUACAAACACAGAUACACACACUUUGACACACAGAUAGAUACAUACAUACACAUACAUACUGUGUGUCAAUGUGUGUGUAUCUGUGUGCCACUAUGUGUCAGUUUGUGUGCUUGUAUAUCUGUGUGUCAGAUACACACACACACACACACACACACACACUGGCACAUACAAGCACAGAUAUACACACCUUGACACAUAGUGUGUUGAUACACUAUGUCAAAGGAUUCCACGGGGAAACUUAAUUGGGAACCCCUGCUCUAAUGUAUUUUUUUAAAGGCCAUAAUAUAGAGAUGAUUUGACAUUGAAAAUGGUUUGUGCGUACAAUAAACUGGCAUUCUCAAAUUUAUUGUAUUAUUUUUUUCAUUCAUUUAUUUUGUACAUUUAUUCCUGGAAAGAACCAACAGUCUUCUCUGCUGCUGAACUCAACAUUCCAGUUCUAUGAGGUGUUCUACCAACCAGCGUAGGUAUAAUGAUCACAAUUUAAUUUAGGAGCAGAACUGAUCCUUCAUUGAGAGUAUGAAGGUUGAGCCAUAUUUACAACAGCAACAGAUAUAGCAAACUUUAAAUAACAAGUCGUAUAUCCGUAUGCACAAUACUUGAUUGCUUGGUGUGAAGAAUGUGUUUAGUUAAAUAUGCAGAGUGUACAAAGAUAGCCCCCACAUUUUGCACAGUCUCUUUAUAUGGUGAAAAAUACAUGUUGAAUAAUUAAAUGGUAAUUAACAUACAUCAUCUAUCCUGGAUAACAGACUUGCCUGGAUUAGUAAUAUAUGUCUGGUUAUAUGUUUCUUCUUAAUCUACCAGGAAUUGUAUUUUUCAUAUUAAUUAUCAAUUUGUGCUAUGGAUUGUGUUUUGGUAACUGAAUUUGAAUAUUAUACGCAUAAAGCUGCAAAAUAUGUGUACAAUAUUGCAUUCGGAGUUUAUGUAUUGUAAAUGUCAUUGGGCCUUGGAAGAUGUUGGAAAAAUGACAUGAUUAUAUAUCGCCCUUAUUCUCUCUAAAUCUUUGCAGGUUCAAAACAAACAAGAAAAAAAGCCUGGUACCCCGCCUCCUGUUCCAGUCAUCACUCCCCCUCGUCCAGCUUCUCCUCCACCUGCCAUCAACAAGGUCAUAGUAGCACCUCCCAUAGCCAUAAACAUUCCACGUUUCUACUUCCCCAAAGGCCUCCCCAACUCUGUUUCCACCAAUGAGGACUUGAUCAGUAAGAUUGAGGGAGUCUUUUCAAGCAUGGAGGAAGAAAAGGCAGAUAUCUAUGAGAUGGCGAAGAUUGCAAAGGUAAAAUGCCAGCAAGCCUCUGCAUCUGAAAUGACACUCCCUAUCAGCCUAAUAUAAUACAUGUUUAUAUGUGUAGAAUUUAGGGACCGUACAGAUAUCCGUAGGAAAUAAUUUGAGUAAUUCAGGAGCCAGGGAAAAAGGUGCAUCUCUAUAGCUGUAUAUAAAACAAGCCUUGACUUGCACAGUAAAUAAUGUUCUAACACCAUUUUCAAUAUGUUCAAUUCAUUAUGAGAAACGCUCUCUUAAUACGUAGAAAUUAUAUGUAUCUAACUAUACUAAAAAGAAAAGGGGAAUGAACAAUCCUCUUUUAUAUAUACACUUUUUGAGAAAAUCUUUUUUUUCUUAUGCUGAGUAAUUUAAUCAGAAUAGGGACGUUUGUGUAUAGAGGUGCGUAAACGUGGAACUGUCACUUCGAUGUUCUAUGCAUUUUUAUAUUUUUUCUUUUGAAACACUCCUCCAUGGCCUUAUCAUCUUCCUCUCUUUUGGUUCCUAGCAAAUUAAGCUACUAUGAUUCCUAUCAUGCUAGUUUAAAAGCAAGGGUUUGAGGUAGAGACUACAGCUAUUUUGAUGGCACGUGAACAAUGCCUGAUAUGCCACAGUAGGCCUAGUACAAGAUACUUUUUCCAGGCUUUGCCUUUUGCUAUUUUUCCAAUUUUUCAAGAUCUUGUCUUUGAGUAAGUCCUGUGUGUGUGUGGGGGGUGAAACAUGUAAGAUGCAAAGGCUUGGUGAAGCUGUUUCGGAGUUGCAGUGUGCCUGGACUUUAUUUUGCUUUUUAUUUCAUUUUCGCUGGACACGAUGCGGUUUUGGAAGCUGUGUCCAGAUAUUCCUGUAAAUAAUACUGGUAAGUUUGCUGCAGAUUUUUAUUUGGAUCCAUAUAUCAACAAGUAUGCCUGAAUAUGACUGACAUUUAGGAGGGUUUCCCUUUAUUACCAUUUUUCAACAUAUAGAAAAAGUAGUUCUUAUAUUGUCUUAUAUAUAAAACUUUUUUUUUAUGUAUUAAAAUUUAUUUUGAUAGUAGUGAAUUUUGUAUCUAUUAUUGAUAUUUGCUCACUGAAAAAAUCAUAUUAAGAGAGGUAAAAAAAAUGGUGCAAAGUGUAAUUAUGGUGAAUAGUGUUUUUGGGCGCUGUCCUUGUCCCCUUUCCUUUUUUUAAAAGCUAUUUUUAAGAGGUUUGACAAAAAUGGAGGCUCUCAUAGUGCCUAACAUACAGUGAACUUCUGUAUUAGCCCAUGAAACUUUGGGUAGUAAUGAUAUGCUGUGAUAACCAUUCCCCAGUGGUCUCAGCCUGUCACCUUGGUGCAGUUUAUGUUGAGGAUGCGCACCAAGCUAUCCGCAUAUUCAUUCAAAUCGUGUGUCUCUUCAAUAGGUAUGUGGCUGCCCAUUGUACUGGAAGGCUGCAAUGUUCAAUGCAGCUGGUGGAGAAAGGACUGGCGUUGUAUCUGUGCAUUCAUUCAUAGCAAUGUGGAGAAAGUGAGUAUUUCUAAUGUGGAACAUUGUUAAGUUGCAGUAUAGUCCAUUUUGUUGUUUGUUUGCAACUGGCUACAGAGAAUUAUAGGCACAAAUAAAAAGAGGUAAACGACAAACAAAAGGUAAGACAGUUGGAAACACCAAUAGGCGCUAUACCCUGAGGCAAUAGCGCCAGUUGUAACCACUUGUCUUAAGUACCAAAAUGAGACUCCAGGGGCCUCAAGGGGCUUGACCCCACGAUAAAGGAAAAACCAAGGAAAAAGAGGGUAGAUGCUAAUAGUCUCAACUAAGAUAGUAUAUUGAGACUAGACACAUAAAAAAAAAAAUAGCGCUGUGGAAAGUACUUGUAUACUAAUGAAUAACAGUUGCCCAGAAAGUCCUGAUAUAAGCCAAACCAAUUGCUCUGGAUUAGAGGUAGUAGUCAGGGGGGAAAAAAAGAAGGGAUAAAUAAUAAAUAAAUAAUAAAGAAUCUGUAUCAAAUGACAUAGAGGAGAAGUGUCCAAAAGUUAGUACAGGAGGAGAGUAGGCUGUAAAGAUAUAGAGGUCAGUUUAAAAGAAACUGAAAAUACAAAAUUCGAAAGCCUCUCUGCCUGGUAAUCUAAGUAGACAGGCAUGGAGUAGAAAAAUCAAAUAGUAAAUAUAGAUAAUGUCUAUACGCCCAGCGUUCUUUUCUUUCCUGGGUUAUGGGCACUGGGCACUAUGUGGUUUAGCACACUCUAUUCCAUAUGACAUUAUCUAUAUUUACUAUUUGAUUUUUCUAGAGUCCUGUAUGAUCUGUGGGCUGCAUUGCCUUGUUCAGCAUAACUGCCUUUACCAAACUCGUGUCUAUAUGUUUGUUUUUCUAGCAGGGAAUAAGGUUUAACACAUAGUUUAAUGCCCUUGUGAUUAUUAUUUAAUACACAUACAUAAAUAAUGCAGCUGUAAUGGAUGUCUGUUUUAUUAACUGUUUAAUUAUCAAUUAUAUUCAGACUUAAAGUCUGUUUUAGUGUUUACGCAAGCAUGUUGAUUUAAUUGAUUUAGUGAUUGGUGAAAAUCUAUUUUAAAAAGUCAUGUUACCUCAUUGAUUCUCUUUACUAAUGAUUGACUACAUUUUCUGAUUUAGGUUACUACAAAUUUGCCAUGAUGAUGCUUCAAAAUUCAUUUACCUCUUGGCUAAACCAAGCUGCAACUACUUGGAACAAGAGGAUUUCAUCCCCCUCCUCCAGGUAAGGAACCCCAACUUUUAUACGGCAUGACACUUCUUAUUUCUCUUUACUAUGUACUGGAGAACAAUGUAUUUGGUAUUUGUUUCUGUAAGCGCACCAUUUUAUCUUUUAUAUAAGUAGUAAAAUAUGACAAUAUUGCUUGCUUAAAUGAUCAACCCUGUGAUUUCACAUUGUCCUAACGAGAGUUACCUUACCACUGGCCUACACCCAUUAACCAUCAAAGCUGCUGCCACAUUUUCUGUAUAAAACGUCAUAGCCGUUUUAGCUGGAAAUCUACAGUUGUAAUCACAAUUAUUCAACACUCAUGGAAAAUUUAUUGUCAAACUUUACAGAAUUUAAUCUGUUUGCAAUGAACAAAUCAAACAAAAUAAAUUGAAAUAGCUCAACACAACGCAUGCUUCAAGUAGUUUCCCCAAAUUCAACUGAAAAUGCAACUUAUAAUAAUAAAUUUUUCAACCCGUUAAUGGCAAUCAUCUUUAGUAGUUGGUAGAGCACCCUUUUGCUGUUAUGAUCUACAAACAAGAUGAAUAGCCAGAAAACAGCUUCUCGGAGCGUUCCUGAGCUCAUGAGCAAUGGCCUCUGGUUUAUUAAUAUUCUUGGGCUGCAGCCGUCUUCUUCAAACCCCAUCAGAGAUUUUCUAUCAGGUGACUGUGAUGGCCACUGUAGAAUUUUCCAGGACGUCUUCUGCAACCAAACCUUGGUGGAAUUUAAGGUAUGUUUGGGAUCAUUGUCUUAUUGGGAGGUUUAAUGACCCCAAGCUUCAGCUUCCUCACAGACGUCAUAAUGUUUUCUCCUAGGGUUUCCUGAUACCUCAAUGAAUCUAUCUUGCCUUCCACACACUGCAGUGACAGAGGAUGCAAAGCAGCUCCAGAGCAUCACCGAGCCACCAUUAUGCUUAACUGUAGGCAGAGUGUUCUUGUCAGCAUGUACUUCAUUCUUCUUACGUACCCUGAUCCAUUGGGGUGAACAGUUCAUUUUUAUCGCUCCACAAAACAGAAACGUCAGUGGCUUAUUUAAAUGAUUUAGAGCAUAUUAGAGCCGACUUUUCUUGUGCUUUUGGAUCAGUAGUUGUGUAUGUCUUGUAAUACUCGCCUUGCUGUGCUCACUGAAACCUUAGAAUCUCUUGCCACCAAGUCUUGCUGCAGGUAUUUUGCAGUCACUUGAGGGUUUUUGGCACCCUGCCUUCUCAAAAAAUUGGUUGCAGCUUUUUCGAUGAUCUUUUCUCUUAACAUUGUGGACUAUUUUUUUGACUUAGCCAUACUUUUAACAUGCAGUCAAACGUGACACUCAACAAACCCCUAACCAGUUCAGGUAUUGUAUUUCCAGCUCAAGCACACCUGGUUCAACUAAUGAAGCCCUUAAUUACUUGCAUCUGGUGUGCUUGAGACAACACCUAUUUUGCAAAAUGGUGUGCUGUUGUGAGAAAUUCUAUUCAAAGUGUUGAAUAAUUUUGAGACUGUAGACAUCAUUACAAGUUACAUUGUUAGUUGAAUUUGCCAAAACCACUGUUUGUGAUGAGCUAUUUGAAUUGCUUUUGUUUCAUUUGUUCAUUGCGAACAGCUAACAAUCUGUACAUUUUGACAAUAAACCUGAUUUUCAAUGGGGAUUUAAUAUUUUUAAUUACAACUGUAUAAACUACUUGGUGUUUUCUAUUGAAGUUUAAUACUUUUGGUUUUAACCAGGAACUGGAAGACAUGGAUGAAGUUAUAGGAAAAUAUUGAACUAAAUGCAUGCAAUGUCAGAGGAAAUAGAACAGAAGGAAAAACUAAAUUUGGUAGAGUCACAGCCCAAGCUGAGAGUGUACACUGGUCUUAAUACAGCAAACUGCCCAAAAUCAGAGUUGUUUCCUGUAUUCGAGUUAAUGUUAACAAUGCAAGGGUCACAAAAAAUGAGUAAGUGGAACAGAGUUAACCAAGGGCUUUCUUUGAAGUGGCUCAAAAAGCCCCCAAAUUUUGGGCUAUUUUGCCAAUCUUGGCUAUUUUUUGUAAUAGUUCCAUUAGGAAAUGAACUAUAGCGAUUCCAUGAUGUAAGCUCUAUGUGAGAACUUGUAAUAAAAGCUAUGUCUGACUAUAUUAAAAUAGUUGUGCUUGCACUAUUGGUUGUAGCUUUAGUUAUUUAAUUGUGUGUGUUGUUGUAAUCCUUUAGGAGUGUUUUUGAUUAUCUGACAUCUUGCAUACAGUAUUCAGGAAUAGUACAUUCUUCCUUCUCACCAUCACCGUCCCUAGAAGGUAUAGUUAUCCAUUGGUUCACGUUCUGAUAAAUUAACUGUAAAAAUUAGAUUGUGUGAUAACCAAGCCUGGCCCAAAAACUCUCAUUCUGUCCUCCAGACGCUUGUACUUCAUUUUCUCGUGCGGUAUCAUAUUUCUUUCUCUUUCAGGACAUCGUAGACACACAUCCUGGAUUGACCUUUCUCAAGGAAGCACCUGAAUUCCACUCACGGUACAUCACCACGGUGGGUAUGCAUCCUUAUGGCUUCUUAACAAAAGUGUGAAUUAUAAGGAAUUCAAAUAAAACUUCGCAUUUUAGGUCAAAACGUGACUUUUUCCAUUUUGGCUAUUUUAAAUAUACCUUGAAUUCUCAGCAAAAUCACACCUGAGUAACCCUGUGUGUCUUUGAGUAUAGAUUUGAUAUGUAAAAUCAAUGUUAGAAAGAAGAAAGACUGAGUUUACCUUCCCAGUAUUGAACCUUCUGCAUGAUUUAAGAUGAAAUAGCGUAGAGAGGUAAUUUUGAGAUUGACCUAAAGGGGCACAAUAGUCAGCAAAGCAACGUUAGCUUAAUGAAGCAGUUUUUGUGUAUAAAUCAUUCCUCUGAAGUCUCACUGCUAAAAAUUGUUGCCAUUUUGGAGUUAAAUCACUUUUUUCUGUGGCUGUGACUGACAAUGAUUGCAUUAAAACAAAUUGUUUAAUUUUCACUGUUAACUUACUUUAAACAUUUUUAUCUCCUGCUCUGUAAAUUGAACUUUAAUCCCAUACAGGGGGGCUCCUGCAAGGUUUAGUAAGCUAUUAACAGAGCAUGGGAAUUAGAAAUUCUAAAUUAAACUGAAUUUGCAAUAAAGGAAGUGUAAACAUUUACGACUCUUUACAGGAGGUGUUUAGGAAGCCUGUGCAAGUCACAUGCUGAGAGGUGUGGGUAGGGCUGCAUACACAAAGCGAUUUAACUCCUAGAUAGCAGAGAAAUAAGCAGUGAGACUGCAUGAGCAUGAUGUAUACACCAAAACUACUUCAUUAGUCUGUGUCAAAGAAAGAAUGAAAAUGAGAGUGGAGCAGUAUGUCGCCAGAAAACUGUUUAGGUGAUAUCCCAUAGUAUUACAUGCAACAGGAAAGAGUUCAAAUAUAUUACAAAAAAUACUUAGAGACCCAAAAGGUUUUCUCCAAAUGUGGAUUCCUCAAAACAUUAUAAAAAGGAAAAAAUACAUACAGAUAAUAGUGCAGAUUGUACUGACUUAGUUAUACUUUGUGUAUUCCCAAAACGUUAUACCUAUAUCUAUAUAUCUAUCUAUAUCUAACUGUAUAUUUUAUACUGUUGUAAUAAAUUCCUUUCUUGAUCAUAGAUCAUCUAUUUUUUAUGUGCAUUUCCUUAGCCCUAAAUUCCGGGUAUAACGUUUUGGGAAUACACAAAGUAUAACUAAGUCAGUACAAUCUGCACUAUUAUCUGUCUGUAUUUUUUCCUUUUUAUAAUGUUUUGAGGGAUCCACAUUUGGAGGAAACCUUUUGGAUCUCUAAGUAUUUUUUGUAAUAUAUUUGAACGCUUUCCUGUUGCAUGUAAUACUAAGGGAUAUCACCUAAACAGUUUUCUGGCGACAUACUGCUCCACUCUCAUUUUCAUUCUUUCUUUGUCACAUUGAAUGUGUUUUUAAGGGUAUCACAUUAAGAGUGUAUUGUAGCAGUAUUAACAUAGAGUACUAAUCUUAAGUAGAUUUCAAAUACAGUGAAAGGGCGCUCCAAAAAUAUCCUUCUUCAUUAGUCUGUGUGCUUUGAAAAUUAGUUCUCCAUUUGCCCUCUGGGUGAGCAUAUACUAUACAAGUCCCCACCUACCAAAAACAGUCUUUUUCAGAGUAGUGGCUAUCAGCUUAUAGGAACACUAUGUUGUUAGGAAUACAAAGCUGUAUUUCUAACACUAUAAUGUCCCGUUGCCCCAGCCUUGGCUAUCAAAGGAUUAAAAAAACAAACCCUCUUUUCACUUGCCUUAUUCCAGCGCCAAAGUCCCUUGGUCCUGGCUCCGUCUCCACUGAUGUCAUUGCUAGGGGGGACCUAAGGUGUAUAUGCGAAGAGCGACAAUUAAGCCUUCCCAAUAAGAAAGCAUUGUGUCAGUGCUUUCCUGUGGGGAUUUAGAAGACGCUGGACGUCCUCAUGCAAAGCGUGAGGACAUCCAGUGUUGUUUCACAGAGUAAAAAUCUAUGAAACAGUAGGAAGCGUUGUAAUACUUCUUGAAUCAAAUAAGACAGCCACUACAGACAGUCCUAACCUUGCAAUGAGAACAUUAGUUUCUCUAAAACUGCAAUGUUUUCACCUGCAGGGUUAAGAGGACUGGGACACUGCGCCCAGACCACUUCAGUGAGAUCAGGUGGUCUGGGUGCCUAUAGUGUCCAAAUAAGUAGCUGUCUCAUUCAUCUUAUCUAAUAAAUUAAAUUGCUGACAUGUGCUGUAAUACAAAUCUCAUAAACCUCUACUGCCCCGAUGUUUAUUGGAUAUAAUGUGAUAGCAUAGAAAAUAAUGGGAAAGCUGGGAUUGGCUGAUAGCAGCUGCUUCCUAGUAUCAGGAGAGCUCACUGCUGGAAUAUGUACAUCCUGUUAUUUGUAAAUGCGGGAAUUUCAAAGGUAUGUAUGUAUUUAUUCAGAUUUGAAUGUGGUGUAUAUAAAAUUCAUUAAUAGUGGAGUGUCAUCUGCAGCUGGAGUGUCCCUUUGAUUUAAAAUUGUGAAAUAAGCCAAAAUUUAGAAAAAGAGUAGGCUUUAUGAUUAUCUUAAAACACUGCAUUUCAUUGCAGUAGUGUUACUUCACAGCUCAUUACAGCUCCUUUAUUAACAGCACCGCUAGGGAUAGGAUUACAGGGACUCAUUGUCAGUGUGCACACAGCUGACAUCACUGGAGUUACAGAGUACAACAUCUGCAUUGUCAACAUGAGUUCGGGGGGGUGUAAACUACAGCAUUAACAACAUUCUUUGGAAUGCACCAUCCUUACAGUAUCCUGUUUUAAUGACAUUUGCUAUUUUAAAGUUGGAGUGCUUAUGUUGAUAUCUUUCCUACAAAAUAUAUGCUGAUAUCUUUAACAUCCAGUAGUCCUUGAUAACAAGUUAAAACAGUGAGUUGGGACAUGUACAGAAUACAGCAAUGUCAAGGUUAAUAUGCAACUGUUCCUUUCUUCCCAAGUAUGCUGGAGGAUUUUUUUUAUUUUUAAUACAGUGCGUUAAUUUGUCUGCUUCUAUCACUAGAUAAGGUCAUAAUAAUUUAAUGCAAUAUAACUAGUUGUACUCCUUGCAUCGGUUAUAGUUCAUGGACCUGCAUCUCCCACUCAUUUAUUCAUCAUAACUGCAGUGAUUUGCAGCUAUUUUCAUUUAUUUAUAUAGAAGGGCUGUUUCAUUUUUCUUAUGAAGAUAUUCACAAACUAUCUGUGUGUCUCUGUACAGUGGAUUAAAUAUUACUCUGCAGUCCAGGUCAAAAAGCAGCCUGCACCGUCCUAGAUACAAUUCAUACGAUCAAUUCUGGCUCUGAUUUGUCCAUAAUCACAUAGUUUGUCAUCUCUGCACUUUAAUGUAAAGGAAGUAUGGGGUUACAAUGGGAAUAUAAACAAAAGCAUAUUGUUGCAGAUAUUAAAACGUGUGCACAUUCACCAAGAAACAUACUGAGCACAAAUCUGGAUCUCUUAAUCAUUUUUCAUUCUAGAGUUUUAAUGCUCUCUGUAAAAAAAUAUUAUUGGCCUCUAUGAUGAUCCAAAUCCUUUCUUAUAAUUGCUUGUUUUAUAAUUCUAUGUAAAUGGGUCCACAAGGCAAUCAUCUAAAUAUCUAUGUGCCCAAAUUAAUCUGUCUCUUCUUUUGGGCCCUCAGGUUAUCCAGAGAAUAUUCUACACAGUGAACAGGUCAUGGUCUGGGAGAAUCAUGCUAACAGAGUUAAGGAGGAGUAACUUCUUACAGGUAAGCAGCUAUUUGUGUUCUCCCCCUGGUUAUGGCAACAUGCAAAACAGUUGGGAGAAAGUAAUGUUCCGUUCUUUAGAAGUGUGAUUUGGGGGGGGGGAGGAGAAUCGUUGGUUCAGUUGGGAAAAAAUGCGUAAGAGCACACAAAGCAUCCUUUACAAAGCAAGGUCUUCUGACAUGGUUUGCCCCAACUAGUACUUAUUUGUAAAAUGUGUGUAUUGUGCCAUCACAUUAAAUGGCACCUAAAUGAUAUAUUACUAUCUUCCACCAUGUAUCUUGGGUAAAUCUCAAGCAAUGUUCCUGGGUAUACAUAAUACCCACACAUAGUUUGUUCACUAUACAAUAAAUUGUUUAGAAUUAUAGGUCACAAAUAGUCCCUCUGGGAAAAUAAACAUAGCUAGAAUAUGUUUUCCCUAAUUGAGUGAAGGUAUGCUAAAUAUGCACUUCCCGAUGUUCCAUAAUUUCUAGUGCAGUGAAUAUAAAGAAAGCAAGUAAAGGCAGAUAAACCAAACAAAUACAUAUUCGACCGUGAGGACUGUCAUAAACCAGUUGGAAUGGAAGAAUGUGCAGAUAGAAUAGCAAAAGCCACUUUUUAAUAUUUAUUGAAAUAAAUAUAUAUAAAGGGACUGAGCAAUACCGGAUUAAACAUUUACUGGACCGCGGCAUAGUCCCAAUUGGAGGUAUUCCAAAGUGUUUUGGGAUAUCUCCUGCUCAAGGUGUAAAAUAAGUCCAGGUGGUCCUCAAGUCCAACUGGGGAGCACAGCAAUUAUCCCCAUAGUGACAAUAGCCCCUUUUAUUGGCUCUUGGGACCAGGCCCAUAGUCCGGGGGCAGGAGGCUGGCCUUCAUGGGUCGCUAAAAUUCUGUGGCAUGAGAGCUUCUGCCACAGGAAUUAUUAAGAGACGUGACAGUAAAAUAACAGGCUUCACAGCCACAUUAUUUAUUUCAAAUAUUUUCACAACAUUAUGGAAAAAAAAUAUGGAACGAUCACCAACUUUUUAAAGUGAUGUUUCUAAAUUGUAAAUACUGCACUAUUUAAAGAAUGAUAGAAGGGAAAAGAGAGCGAUAAAGAAGAAGAAACUCAAGAAUUGAUACAGAGGUGAUACAAUUUUGAGGAAAAAAAAGACAAAUAUCAUGAGGGGGUGUGAGAUUGAUGGGAGAAAGAAAACAGAAGGAGAAUAAAUAGGGUAGACAGUGGAAUUGAAAUGAGGAAGGGCCAGUUACACAUUUUAAUGUCAACUGUUACCAGCAACGUGUCUAAAAGUAAGUUUCCCAUCAGCUAUGAAGAAAUUUCACAGUACUGAUCUUGGAAAAAAGGCGACCAUGAAGUGCUAAAAUAUUGUCAAAUGGGUUUCACAUACAUAUUGUUUAGUUUAAUCAUUUUACUUUCAUGCUUUUACUAGAGAAAUAUCUGACUUUAAUUUUAAAGUGUUGAUUAAACCUGUUCUAAAAUGACCUGGAAUUAAUUUAAUAUCUCUAUUAUUAAAAUAUGGCUUAGAACAAUGGGUAUGCUUGUGGCUGGAGUUAUUAGUCUCUGUUAUUCUUUAGACAUUGGCUCUUUUGGAAGAGGAAGACGAUGUUAAUCAAGUGACAGAUUACUUCUCCUACGAGCAUUUUUAUGUCAUCUACUGCAAGUUCUGGGAACUGGACACUGACCAUGAUUUAUAUAUUGACCAGAAGGAUCUAGCCAGAUAUAACGACCAUGGUGAGUAUGAAUACUACAUGUUUGUGGUUCACUGCCUGCGUUGUGUAAGUCUAGGCCUAUGGUAUUUGACCUGUCUAAUAUAAAUUAAUGUAAUUUAGUCUCCAGACACCUCACUCAUUUUUGGCCAAAUGCUGUAACAUUUAUAGCUGUUCCAUGUUAACCACAGUACUCAGAACAUUUACAUGGAUUUAAUUAUGGAAAAUGUGAGAUAUCACAAAUACGACUGAAAUAUUCUACCGCAUGUUCAACAUAAAAGAAAAUGAGUUACCAUUGAAGAUACCAUUGAAGAUAAUUGAUGUCAGAAUGAUGAUUUUUUUUUUCUUCUUCCAGCUUCCUCGAAUAGAAUAAUUGAAAGAAUAUUUUCUGGUGCAGUUACAAGGUAAGAGAUGAUCUGUGAUGGAGCGAGUAUUGAAAAUGAUACAGGAGAGUGUCAAUUUUAUAUUAAAAAGUUAAUCUAGACCUUUUUUUGGAGGGGGGGGAGGGGAUUUUUCUUUUUAAGGUCACACCUACAUUUUGUUGUAAAACCUAAAGAAAAAAGGUUUGUUUUUUUUGUUUUGUUUUUACUUAGCUGGAAUCCAGCACCAGGCACUUCCACUCCUCCAUCCAACGCCGGCCAGGUCCUAGAGAAGCCUGUGAUUUGAAUGUUUGCCGGUUCAGAGUGCAUGUGUGCAAUCUGAGCAGAGGAGAGAGAAAGUGUGGGAAAUUCAAUAUAAAAAGUUUAAAAAAAAAAAAACAAGGUAGAAGCUCAAUAUGUCUGUUGCCAGUGUGCAGUUCUUGCUAACGUUGGAAGUAUUUCAUGCACAGAAUUGACAUUUGGCAGAGCAGAACACAGCACCAGGAUGCCAAAGUCAUAUGUGCCAAGUGUGUAAAUUGCCCCCGGCACAAAAGUGCAGAUUACUCGCGAUGUGCAGCAUUUCAAGCAGAAACUCUGCACAUAGAGAUUCUUACCACCAUAACCACUUUAAAUCACUGACGUGGUCAUGGUUGUUGGAGUAACACUUUAACCUCUGCAUACAUGAAAUUCCAUAUUGCAUGUUUACUGAGGUAUAGGUGCCAUGCUGUUACAGUGCAUCACAAUAGAUGUGUGUGAGUUGUCAGAAUUUCAAAAUAAUAGCUAAACAAUAGGUACUAUUAUAAUAUUAGCAGCUUUUUAUCAUUUUUAUAGGAUAUUUAUGUUACAUUUAAAUUCGUUUUCAAGGGUUUGCCAGAUUACCAAAACUAAUUUUCCCAGUUGCAAUGCAUAAUCUAUUUCCUUAAUUUAACUAGGGGGUCCAUUCACUAAACAGUUACUUGUUAUGAUUUAUCAACCAACUUUCACUUUUUUUCUCUCUGGAUUGGCUUUUUUUGUUUAAAAUGUUAGCAUUUCUAUGUAUAUGUGCAUUCCUAAAAUAAAUCGUGUCAUUGAAUAAAAGGACUGGGGAAGGAAACGUUUUUGUUGUGCUCAAUAUAAGACAUUCUGUGUGUAUUGUUUGCAGAGGAAACGCUGUUCAAAGAGAGGGGAGGAUGAGCUAUGCGGAGUUUGUCUGGUUCCUGUUAUCAGAGGAAGAUAAGAAAAAUCCCACCAGGUAUUGAAUAGUUCCAGUUUAGAAAACAGUAGCGGUAUUAGCAGCCAUUCUAAAUGGUAUGUGUGUUGUAUAUAAAUCUCAACUGAUCAGUAAGGAUCAGAACUCACUCAGAAGAAAUCAGAAAAUGUAUAUACAAUUAUUUAAAUGCCAGAUUGUGUCUUUAAACGCCAUAUUGCAUGGUGAGUGCCAUCAUCCAUGCAUUAUUCUCUAAAAUUCAUGAUUUGACAAACACUGGGCAGUGCUGAGGCAUAUAUGUCCAGGUCUAUGUGAAAUUAAUGAAAUUUACUCUUAAAGGAACACUUUAAGGUCAGCAACACAAACCUGUAUUCCUGACCCUAUAGUGUUAAAAUAACUAUUUAGACCACCCCAUGCCCCCCUUAAAGCCAGUAAAAACUCACGUUAUUUCCAGCGCCAUGUGGGUCUGCCCGCGCUGGGUCUGACCCCAAUCCACCUCCUUGGCUGAUAACAUCAGAGUUUAAUAUCUCAGUCAAUCACAAUGCUUUCACAUAGGAAAGCUUUGGAUUGGCUGAAGUUGUCAAACUAGCCAAUCGCCAUCUACUCAUAGAGAUGCAUUGAAUCAACGCAUCUCUAUGGGGAAAGUGAUUGUCUCCUUGCAGAGCAUGGAGACGCUGAACGUCAGUGCAACAUCACACACUGUGCAGCACAGCCCCAGGAAGUACCUUUAGUGGCCAUCUGAGGAGUGGCCACUGGAGGUGUUCCUAGGCAGCAAUGUAAACACUGUCUUUUCUCUAAAUGAAAAUGCCUGCAGGAAAUGAAUAUCCGUCCGUCACCAGAACAACUACAAUAAGCUGUAGUUGUUCUGGUGAAUCUAGUGUUCCUUUUUCUUACUCUCUCUAGAAUCUAAGCUAAUUUUCUAAUUUAGCAAGGCCCUCAACAUCCUCUGUUCCUGCGUGUCCAACUUGUCUUGUUGCAAAUACAUGUCUGUUCGUCCACCUAUUGUACAGCGCUACAGAAUUUUUAGUGCUUUAUAAAUAGUAAAUCAGCACUUUCCUGGCAAUGAUCUUAAGAGUAGCUAAGGAAACAGUGAUUUUGUCUUCCCAGCACAGCCCUCUUGCUGGCAUAGCACUAUCAGUAGAAUCACUGUAUUAAAGGACCACUCUAGGCACCCAGACCACUUCAGCUUAAUGAAGUGGUCUGGGUGCCAGGUCCAGCUAGGAUAAACCCAUUUUUUUAUCAACAUAGCAGUUUCAGAGAUUUGGGUUAAUCCUUCCUCCAAUUCCUCUAGCGGCUGUCUCAUUGACAGCCGCUAGAGGCGCUUGCGUGAUUCUCACUGUGAUUCUCACAGUGAGAGCACGCAAGCGUCCAUAUGAAUGCAUUGUAAAUGCUUUCCUAUGCGACUGGCUGAAUGCGCGCGCAGCUCUUGCCGCGCGUGCGCAUUUAGCCGAAUGGGAGGAUCGGAGGAGGAGAGCUCCCCGCCCAGCGCUGGAAAAAGGUACGUUUCUACCCCUUUCCUCUCCCCACAUCCGGGCGGGAGGGGGACCCUGAGGGUGGAGGCACCCUCAGAGCACUAUAGUGCCAGGAAAACGAGUAUGUUUUCCUGGCACUAUAGUGGUCCUUUAAUGGUGCUACUCUCUAAUCUCUGAAAGAUCAGACUUGCAUAUGUAAGUUAAGAAAUACUGGUUGGCAUAGUGAUUAAGUACUGCACACUCCAUGCAUGUUAAUACAUUUACAAAAAAAUAAAACACACGGCAUACAGUGACAAGCUCCUGGGUAUAUGUGUUAUAUAGCAGUGUGUAUGUUUAAUCAAUACAAGGAUAAUUAGAUGAAUCAGGAAUAUCCAGAGUUAAAAGGGAUUCUGUAACUUGGGAGGGUUUACAGAAACAACUUUUUUUUGACAAGUUCAUCCUGCCUGAACUGUCAAUACCAGACAAGAUAGCAAUGUGUUAAUUACUCAUGAACCAUUUGACUGACCUUGAUUUAUACAUGAGUGAACAAAACUUUGAGAAAAGCCAGUCAGCAGAGAAUAUCAGUGUUACUUUAUAAUGCUGGGGUUAGAAUUAAAAAGGUAUUCUAUGGCAAAGUUCUAAAAGUAAUCCCAAUAUAAACCAAUGGAAAGUUCCUACGCAUUGCUGCACUUUUGACACUUUACCCGGAAUUGCUGUUAAUGCAUACACACACGGUGGCUUUAAAACAAGAUUAAACAAACACUCCAACUUUAUAAAUACAUAUAGCUAUUUAUUAUGUUAGAGAUUUCUGUGGAACAUAGUACCUUUUAACAUUUUAAAGAUGUACUUUUGCUCUCCAUAUCAUAUAUUAAUAAUUAAAAUACUUUAAAUUGAAUGAAUAAAUAAUUAAGGAGGUAUUCCUUAUGGUUUGAAUAUUGUCUUUUUUGCCCCAUGGUACCUCUAGAGUCAAAAGGAGCCACCUUGUGGGUAGAUAAUUGUACACAUCUAAAAACAUAAAAACUAGAGGAUCCUGCUACAUGUAUGUGGUUGUAAAAUGCAUGGUUUGUCUGUGCUUGUCUCCUCUUAGUAUUGAGUACUGGUUCCGUUGCAUGGACUUAGAUGGUGAUGGUGUGCUGUCCAUGUAUGAACUGGAGUAUUUCUAUGAGGAGCAAUGUGAGAAAAUGGAGACCAUGGGCAUUGAGCCCCUGCCAUUUCAGGAUCUCUUGUGCCAGCUGUUGGACCUGGUAAAGCCAGAAGUAGAAGGUAAAACCAUAUCCACAUGUAGACAAUUUAUAUGAAACAGAUAUAAAGCAGGGUGUGAUUAAAAGAGGAGCAUGGAAGAGCUGGGAUUGGAGGGCCAGAUUCCUUGUUAACUUGUGAUGUUAGGAAUAAGAAUAUUCAUUGAAAAUUUUAAUUUGUUAAUUCUAUGUUUUUUUUUGUUUGUUUUUUUAUUUUACUUUCAUAUGUUAUCCAGCGCAUUAUUUGGGAUUAAGUUCAUGGGGUCUUGGGGUUAGGUUCAUGAUUAGGUGACCGCCACUCUCUUGCAAAGUUGUAAAUGGUCCCCUGGCCAUCACCCUUUACAUCACUAUAAACAGGACAUCAAUAUGUAAUUAGUGAAUAACGAUAGAGAUUUUACUGUAAACAUUGUAUGCACCCAUCCAUCAUACCAUGAAUCCCAUCAUGACAAGCUGACAAUGCCAUGCCUGAAAGAGGGUAAGACUGCACUGUGUUUCGUGCUGUACAGCACCCUGAAAAUUGUGAACACAUCAUAUGAAAAUAGGUUUUGUUUCACGCAAAAAUGAAAAUCUGUCCUUGUUUAAAAUAAUUUGUCAAAAUAAACUACCCUCAGAUACCAGCUAAAUAACGUGUUUAUAACAGUCUGCUUUGAGCUAAGUUCAAAACAUUUAAUUUUCAAAUUUUUAGGACGAAUUACUUUACGAGACCUGAAGCGAUGUCGAAUGGCACACAUAUUCUAUGACACCUGCUUUAACCUCGAGAAAUACCUGGACCAUGAACAGAGAGAUCCCUUUGCCAUGCAAAAGGUACAUAUGGCUUGCUUGUAUUUCAAACACAGCAGGGGAACCGAUUUGCAUCCUUCCAAGUAGAUGAGGUCAAUUCCUCAUCCUUCUGAUAAUAAGGCAUUCUUGCCAUACAAUGUGGGUACCCCAUUUAAUGUGGGUGUUUUUUUAGCCUAGACAACCUCUCUCUUUAAAUUGCCAUAUUUAAAGGACCACUAUAGUGCCAGGAAAACAUACUUGUUUUCCUGGCACUAUAGUGCCCUGAGGGUGCCCCCACCCUCAGGGACCCCCUCCCGCCCGGCUCUGGAAGGGGGAAAGGGGUUUAAACUUACCUUUUUCCAGCGCUGGGCGGGGAGAUCUCCUCCUCCUGGGCUGAAUGCGCACACGCGGCAAGCGCUGCGCGCGCAUUCAGCCGGUCGCAUAGGAACGCAUUUACAAUGCUUUCCUAUGGACGCUGGUGUGCUCUCACUGUGAAAAUCACAGUGAGAAGCACGCAAGCGCCUCUAGUGGCUGUCAAUGAGACUGCCACUAGAGGAUUAGUGGCAAGGCUUAACCCAUUCAUAAACAUAGCAGUUUCUCAGAAACUGCUAUGUUUAUUAAAAAAUGGGUUAACCCUAGAAGGACCUGGCACCCAGACCACUUCAUUAAGCUGAAGUGGUCUGGGUGCCUAGAGUGGUCCUUUAAGUAUAUCACUGUACAAGAUCACUGGCAAAAAAACAGCCAUUUACAUAAUUGUGACUUUUUAUAAUGAGGAAACUGAAUUAUCCUGCUGACUGCAAGUGUUCUGUAAAGGGAUAUUAAUGUCUAAAAUAAAUAUUUGCUAAAGUAAGAUUCUCCCAUUUUUACCCCUAUGUGCCCCAACCAGAUUAAUUAAUUAUCUGGAGUGUUCUUUUACAAAGCUUUCAUUCACCUUACCGAAUAUAGUUGUGUAUCUUAUAACAAAGUUCCAAAUUUUCCAUUUUACUUGCUAAACAUUAUAUCCUUAAAGCGUCAUAUUUUCUGUCAAUUCUUGGUUCAUUUUCAUUGUUAAAGAGACAUUGCAUCUUCUUUGCAGGAUGUUGAUUGUGAAAGUCCUGAACCCUCUGAUUGGGACAGAUACGCAGCCGAAGAAUAUGAGAUUCUGGUUGCUGAGGAAUCAGCCACCGAACAGUUACAAGAAGGGUGAGUCUGUAAACUAACAUUCACACAUGUUUAAUUAAACCGUAUGUAUGGGCUAGUAGUUGUUCAGUGUCUGCAAUGAAUAAAUCUCAAUAAAUCAUUACAGGGACACUAUAGUCACCAGAACAACUACAUCUUAUUGCAUUUGUUCUGGUGAGUAUAAUCAUUUCCUUCAGGCUUUUUGCAGUAAACACUUUUUUAAGAGAAAUGACAGUAUUUACAUUACAGCCUAAUCAUAACACCAGUGGCCACUCCUCAGAUAGCUGCUACAGGUGUUUUCUGGGGCAAUUCUGCACAGUGUAUAGCACUGCCGUUCAGUGUCUCCACCCUCUGCAUGCAGACACUGAACUUUCCUCAUAGAGCUGCAUUGAUUCAAUGCAUCUCUAUGAGGAGAUGUUGACUGGCCAGGGCUGUGUUUGACUUGUGCUGGCUCUGUCCCUGAUCUGCUUCCUUGACAAACUUAGCUAAUCCAAUGCUUUUCUGUGGGAAAGCAUUGUGAUUGGUAUGCAGCAACACUUCUGAUGAUGUCAGCCAAGCAGGCAGAUCAGGGGCAGAGCCAGCUGCAGCUGACUAAAGUAAAGGUAAGAUUAUACUAUAUUUAGGGAGGCAGGGGGGCUAGAAGGUAUUUUUAAUACUAUUGGGUCAGGAAUGCAUGUUUGUUUUCCUGGCCCUAUCAUGUUCUUUUAAUAUAAACUUGGUAAAUGUUCAUAAAAAAAAAAAUAUGAUGAUGAAAUUAAUAAGAUAAGUCCAUGCCACAUCUGUAGUAUAAGUUCAAACCUCUGGUUUUAUUGCUUAGUCUUUCACCCUGUAAAAGUCGAGAUAUAUAUAUAUAUAUAUAUAUAUAUACUGAACACAUUUUGACAAGCGGUAUAAUUCCUGGAAUAUAGAAAAAUGGCUACAACCAGGUCUAGUUCUACAUGAUUUCCCUAAAUUUCUAAAUGCCAAAUCUAUGUUUAUAAAUAAAUGAAAUGCUGGCUAAAUGGAGAUUUCAAACACUGUAUUUAGAUAAUAUCGCUUUAGUUUUCUUUAUACAAUCUAUUUAAAAUUAACAACACGAGGAGGGGGAGUCACUUUAAAAAACAUGGGACAACACGAGGAGGGGGAGUCACAUGAAAAAAAGAAAACACAAAUCUUUACCUAGCAUAGCGAUCAUAAUGUGUUUUGUACAUGAUCAUAGGAGAAAUCUGCUUUUGCAUGAGUCUGUCCCUAUGUAAUUUCUAGAUUGCAAAAUGGAAAGUGGUUUCAAAGAGAAAACAAUACACCCUCCUGGCUCCUUUUUUAGGGGAUUUCUGUAUUGGGAAAUAUGAGUAAUGACUGUUUAGUGCGAACAGGCGUGGAUGGUUAGAAUAUCUUCGGUCAUAAUAACGAUCAUUGUGUGGGCUUUAAAGACAAGCUAACGUCCAAUAUAAGACCGUGUUUGCUUCACAUUGAAUCCGUUACAGUUCACUAUUUAGUGAAUUCACCUGAUAUUUCAAAAAAGGAACUUCAGAAAAUCAGCUUUUUAAAAAUGGAGGUUUAAAAAAAAAAAAGUAUCAAAAAAAAGAAAAGUACUUUGUACAUACAGAAGUGAAGCACUUUUCAUAUGUUGUCCAUCAUGAAAAUGUGAUGUGACCUGGAAACAUGGUGGAUCUGUUUUAUUGACGUUGAGGGAAUAGAACAUUAUGUGUAGGUUAAUCAACAUUAUUUUGUUGAGCAACAGUACAUCACCCACCAUGUUAUAUUUCCAUCCUUCCCUUUAGGUCUUUUGAGGAUGACUACGAGGGGGAUGAGAUUAUGUCUUCACCUGAAAUUGCCAACAAGAUGGAUAAAUUAGUCAUCUCGGACCUUACAGCGUGA